AUGCUUGUGAGGAUAUGGAUUUGCUGAACACUUGACAUUCCUCGGUGCAGGCAAACCGACUGUACAAUAAAGCAGCAAAGCAUUUCACAAAAAGGAAAAGAAACGACCCGGAAACCAACCCUCAGUCAGCAGAACUGGCUUGACCAGUGGCUGGACUCCACUCUGCAUUCAGCUUCUUUUUUCCUCCCUCCUUUCCCCCUUUUUCCCUUAGAUCCAUCAGGCCAGGGCACCCCUCUUCCUCACCCCUGGGUUGGUGCUGGUCAAAUGUCCCCUGGUUCGUGGUCACAUGGUCGCUGUGGAGACGGCGCCAGAUUGUUUCAGUCCGUUGAACAAUGGGCUCCUGCUUCCUGUUGUGAAGUUCUAGAGCGAGCUGGAGCCUCUGCACAUUCAGCACAUCCUACCCUUGCCCUUCCUUGAACCCCCCCCCCGCCCCCCUGUGCUGCAGGACGCCGGAGGCUUUUGUGCUGAGCAAGGUGCCCGUGUUCCCUCCAAGGAAGAGAGGAAACGCAAACUUCGGGUUAAAUUAGCAGAUUAAUUCAUGGGGCAGGGGCUCCCUCUGGUUAUGAGAGAGCUUAAGAAAGCUAUUGGUCAACUGCAAAACAUACAGAUUGAUGCAGCACGGGGACUGACCAAGACCAGACGGAGAGCACACAUUAUACCGGUUUUAAGGUCUCUGCACUGGCUGCCUGUGAGCUUCAGAAUUAAUUUUAAGUUUCUUCUAUUGGUUUUUAAAUCAAUCCACGAUUGUGCACCCCAAUACAUGUCAGACAUGCGUUUAAGUUAUGUACCUCAGGUCCUCUGGCGCUGGCCUUUUAACUAUCCCAAAGCCUAGGACCAAGAGGCAUGGAGAGGCAGCCUUUAGUUAUUAUGCCUCCAGCCUCUGGAAUAGCCUGCCAGAGAACCUGAGGGGGGCUGAAACUGUGGACAUAUUUAAAAGAGAUAUUAAAAACAUUUUUGCUUUGCUUUUCCUUAGGGUGCUUUUUAGUCGUUCAGUUUGUCAUUCUUUUGUUUUUGAUCUUAUGUUUGUGUAGUAAAUAUUUCAGCUUUUAUAUAAAUUGUUUUAUGUUUUUUUUUCCUGUAAAGCACAUUGCGUUGCAUUCCAUAUCUGAAAUGUGCUGUAUAAAUAAAGCUUGAUUUGAUUUGAGUAACAUGGUGGUCGGGGAAAGUGUCUGAUUUGCGGUUUAGCCUAGUAGUCGUAACAUAAUCUUUGAUUAAGCCAGGGAGAGAGAGUGCAGUUGCAUGUUGACUUGGAUGCUCAUUCGUAGCCGCAAGGCUUAGCUAGGCUACAGCUUUGUGAAAGGGAUGAUUUCUUUUCAGUUUAAGGUCACUGAUUCCUGGUGAGAGAGGAGAGCAGCUGCAGUAGUGAGCACAGUGUAGCGGUAUUGCUGCUUCUAGAGAGCUGAAGCGGAAGUUGGCAAUGAUAACACCAACAAUGUCAACUGAACUUGCAGAUUUCUUGUAAACCAAUUACAGAUUUCUUGGUCGAUCACAAACUGUUACCGGGAUAGCAUUCAUUAUGUCACUAUCUGAAAACCCCUUAUGAUAUUAGCUUUGUCUCUCUGUUUUCUGGAGUCUGUGCUGCGGAUGUUUAGCCCUGUUCCACACAGUGCACUACUGCUUUUCCACUGUCUGCCAGUCAGGCUGUAGUGAGGUGGAUAUCCAUUUGAUCCAGCCACGCCAAUGCAUCUGGAACCAGGAGCUGCUCGGCUCAGCCCUUACUAAUAAAUGAUCUAGCUGCAUACGGAUGUGUGUCAGUCUACAUUUCCUGUCGGCUUCCCAGUCUUACGUAACAGAGAAGUAUGCAGAGCAUGCACCACUGUAGUGCCAUUUAACAUCUAGUUAGGGGUUUUCAUGUCAUUGUGACUAUGACAGUGGAGUGGGAGAGACUUGUUUGUAAAGGUAGUGGUGAUGGUGAUAUAUGAGGAGAGGUUUGAUGGUGGGUGAGGAGUGACUUACUGUUACCUUGUGGCUGUCUGUCUGCUUCUUCCCACAGCACAGCACUCACCCGCAGAGUCAAUCGCCUGGCAGGGAGCAUCACUCAGAAUCAUGCUCCCUCGCUCUUUUCCUCUUUUUCAUCCCUCUGCCUUUCAGUUUCCCCCAAUAUCUCUCUCUCGCUCUCAUCAUGCUGCCGUGGCAAAGUGAACUUUGACAAGGACACCCGCCGGAUAAAUAACCAUGUCACGCUGUGGUGUCAGCCGUGACGCUAACUCUUUCUCUGUCUGUCUCUCUCUCCCCCUCUUGUUUCUCUCUUCAAUCUUUCGUCAUCUUUCAAGUCUCUCCUGCUCUUUACUCACUUUCUUUACGCACUCUAUCUACUCUCCUUUCUUAUAUUGCUCUUCUGUGUCAAGUCUUGUCACUUGUGCAUCCCCGCUGUGUUGGCUUACAUGUCAUAUUUAAUGCAGUGAUUCGCCGGCAAUGUGCCAAAACCCGCUAAUCCAGCUUGUGCCAAGGGGUAGGUAACCCAACACCAGGUCUGUGUGAGGAGAGGAGAGGACACAGCCUCAUGACUAAAUUAGUGAUUUUCCAGCCUCUUCCAGGUUAGCGUGUAUAAUGGUGUAGGUUUGUUCUGGUUUCACCCAAAUUCCUCCUCAGUGAUGUCAUGCAUGGCUAUGUGGGGGCGGCUAUGUUAGUGCCUGCCCAGCUUGCACUCAUGUUUGCCUGGUCAUAGAAAAUCAGUGUAGACUGACAAACGUUUUGCUCAAAUCAAAUUUAAAAUCAAAUGUUAUGUCACAUGCGCUGAAUACAACUGGUAUAGACUUUACCAUGAAAUGCUUCCAACGAUAGAAUUUUAAAAUAAUUAUACAAAUACAAUAGUAACACAAGGAAUAAAAUGCACAAGGAUGGAGCUAUAUACAGGGAGUACCAGAUCAAUGUGCAGAGUUAUUUGAGGUAGAUAUGUACAUGAAGGCAGGGUAAAGUGACUAGGCAUCAGGAUAGAUGAGUAAAAUAAUGAACAAGAGUAGCAGCAGCAAAUUGUGUGUGCGCAUGCGGUGAAUGUGUGUGGGAGUGACAGCGUGUGUGACCUCAACGACCUGUGCGACUGGAGUGGAGCUCAGGUGGACACAGACUGAUAUGGAAACUGAGCCAGUGACUGCCUCUGAUGCAGUUGUGGCAGAUUGCGGUGUUGUUGUGGAGGCUUCUGUCACUCAUGAUGGAACAUCCCAUCCUACAUCCAGGACAACACUCCUUGGUAUCAGACGGAUGCAGCUACUACAACACUGGACUGGCCUGCGGCUGCUGGGAAACUCGCUGCUCUGGACUGUGCUGACCACUCUGUCUCACAUUCCAUGUACCAGAAUGCUGCAGUUGGCGAGGACAUUCUCACCUUUAUUGUUAAGGCGAUUCUGUAAUCUGUAAUAUAAUCUCUCUGGUACCCUGCAAACCAUGACCCAUUUUGUAUUUUGUUUUAUACAUCAGCCUUCUGUGUGUUCUCUAUUUGACUCCGUCUGCAUAUUUGCAAUAAAACGCAAAAUGUUUCUCCAUCUCCUUAGCUAUCAUACUCUAAUUCCACUGAUUUCAAAACUCGGUCCUCCAGAAAAUGGAAAGCAACAUCUUUGCAGUUCUACUAUGUGAUAUCUUUCAAAAAAGACACGUUAGAAAGGAUUACCUACACAUACUGACCAGCUCAUGUUAUAGACCGAAGCAUGCUACAUGGCAGACCAAUCCGAACUCCUCUCUCGGAAUGUCCAGCCUAUCCAUUAUCAGUCAAUCGUGGCUAGCGGGAAGGUUCCUGUCUUUUUCUGUGGCUAAACCAACUAGGCUCGUAAUUUUAAUACUUUUAUUCGCAUUUACAGAUGGCAUACAAGUUUGUUAUUGAAAGUUGAAAACUUCACAUGUUCCAGAAGGCAUUUCUGCAUUUUGAUAAAAAAAUAGAGUUUACAUUCAAAUGGCUCUCCUGUGAAGUAGUGAUGUGCGACAUACGCCUAGUUUCCUGAAAUGAGUCACUUUGUACAUUGCUGGACAUGACCACCUUGUUGACCUUAUAGCCAGCGAGGUGAGACAAGUUGGCUCACCAACAGCUCACAUGCAUAAACCUUGCAUAAACCUGCAUAAACCUACCCCCCAGUGCAAAUUGUCUGGGUAGCCAUGAUUAGCUGUUCAGGAGUCUUAUGGCUUGGGGGUAGAAGUUGUUCAGAAGCCUUUUGGACCUAGACUUGGCGCUCCGAUACCGCUUGCCGUGCGGUAGCAGAGAGAACAGUCUAUGACUAGGGUGGCUGGAGUCUUUGACAAUUUUGAGGGCCUUCCUCUGACACCGCCUGUUAUAGAGGUCCUGGAUGGCAGGAAGCUUGGCCCCAGUGAUGUAUUGGGCCGUACGCACUACCCUCUGUAGUGCCUUGCGGUCGGAGGCCGAGCAGUUGCCAUACCAGGCGGUGAUGCAACCAGUCAGGAUGCUCUCAAUGGUGCAGUUGUAGAACUUUUUGAGGAUCUGAGGACCCAUGCCAAAUCUUUUCAGUCUCCUGAGGGGGAAUAGGCUUUGUCGUGCCCUCUUCACGACUGUCUUGGUGUGUUUGGACCAUGAUAGUUCGUUGGUGAUGUGGACACCAAGGAACUUGAAGCUCGCAACCUGUUCCACUAUAGCCCCGUCGAUGAGAAUGGGGGCGUGCUCAGUCCUCUUUUUUUUCCUGUAGUCCACAAUCAUCUCCUUUGUCUUGAUCACGUUGAGGGUGAGGUUGUUAUCCUGGCACCACACGGCCAGGUCUCUGACCUCCUCCCUAUAGGCUGUCUCAUCGUUGUCGGUGAUCAGGCCUACCACUGUUGUGUCGUCUGCAAACUUAAUGAUGGUGUUGGAGUCGUGCCUGGCCAUGCAGUCUUGGGUGAACAGUGAGUACAGGAGGGGACUGAGCACGCACCCCUGAGGGGCCCCCGUGUUGAGGAUCAGCGUGGCAGAUGUGUUGUUACCUACCCUUAAUACCUGGGGCGGCCCGUCAGGAUGUCAGUGCUACAUGGCGAUUAGUCAUUUAGGCAGGUUACCUUGGAGCUCUUGGAAACAGGGACAAUGGUGGUCAGCUUGAAACAUUUUGGGAUUACAGACUGGGACAAGGACAGAUUUGAAAAUGUCUGAAGACACUUGCCAACUGGUCUGCGCAUGCUUUGAGAACAGACCCUGGUAUUCCGUCUGGACUGUUUAAACGUUUUGCUCACUUCGGCCACGGAGAGCGAGAUCACACAGUGUUAUAUUCCUCAACGCGAGCAUAAAAGGCAUUUAGCUCGUUUGGAAGUUCUGCAUCGCUGGGCAACCCCUGGCUGGGUUUCCCUUUUGUAAUCCAUUAUAGUCUGCAAGCCCUGCCACAUACAACGACCGUCACUAUAUAGCAAAGUUGGGUUGGAACUCAUAAGAUGUCACCCUUCUCCAUCGGCGCCAUUAUUGUCAGCUCUAAUGCAACAUCUAUCUGUCUGAGCUGAGUUAUUUGGGUCCGGUCGGUGUAACACAUUCAUUGUGUAGUGGAGAUGGUGAGUGCACUGUGGGCCUGCCUGCUGGACUGCAUUUUCCUGUUUUAUUGUGGUUUUCGUGUUAUUUUUUUAAACAUUUGAGUCAUUGAAUGAAAUGCUUUUCCUUAGAAUAGAGGGAGCCGAUGGAGAAGGGAGAGGGAGAGCAUGUAAAUCUGUCUAGUCCAUUGUGGAAUGACUGAUGUUAGGACCAGAGGAUAGGAUAACCCUAUACUCUCAAUAAGCGAUCAGUUCAUUGUCCACUUUCAACAGCAUCACCGAGACAUGUUUGACUCCCUCAAACUCUUUGGCACAUAUACAGCAAGACACUAGAAAGAUGUGGCAUCAUGUCUAGGGCUUCAGCAUUUCAAAUAUGUAGCCUACUGUACAUAUAUUCCAUUCGAUUAUCAGCCAUGGGAGUUUAGUAAUUUUUGUAGGAUGUUUUGCACUGGACAUUUUGAAGAUCAUUGGUGAUCAGUGUGUCCAUCAUCAUAAUAAUAGUUAUUAGGUGGGUGCUCAUUUGUCCUAUUUAACAAAUGUACAAGAUUGUAUUAUACGCAUGUGUGAAUUGGAAAUGUGUGUUUUGCACAUCCCAACUACCCUUGAGACACCCUCGGAGUGGGUUCACUGCCAGGGUCUGCCAUUAUCAAAGCGACUUGGAGCAAUUAGGGUUGAUUGCCUUGCUCAAGGGCACAUUGACAGAUUUUUCACCUUGUCUGCUCGGCGAUUCAAAAUGUUGUGAUUUGACUUGCGAUAUAUACUGAACAAAAAAAUAAACUAUCAACGAUUUUACUGAGUUACAAUUCAUAGAAGGAAAUCAGUCAAUUGAAAUAAAUUCAUUAGGUCCUAAUCUAUGGAUUUCACAUGACUGGGCAUAGGCUCACCCACUUGGGAGCCAGGCCCACCCACUGGGGAGCUGGGCCCAGCCAAUCAGAAUUUGUUUUUCCCCACAAAAGAGCUUUAUUACAGACAGAAACACUCCUCAGUUUCAUCAGCUGUCCGGGUGGCUGGUCUCAGACGAUCCCGCAGAUGAAGAAGCCGGAUGUGGAGGUCCUGGGCUGGUGUGUAUUUACAUGUGGUUGUGAGGCCGUUUGCGCUGCUUUUUGUGCAUAUGGAACAUUUCUGGGAACUUCUAUUUCACCUCAUGAAACAUGGGACCAACAUGUUGCGUUUUAUUUUUGUUCAGUAUAGAUCAAAAACAUUGGAAUCAUAGAAAUUGAAUGAUUUAUAUUAAAAAGCUAAGUAGAAAGCGGCAUCGUUCUUGUUUGGAAUAAUGGGUUGACUGCAUUUGACCUAACAGAACAGUAUGCAAACUUAUAGUGAAUCUAACAGUGGGGAGGAGGAACUGGGCUGCUUGAGUGACAUGGGGCGUGGCUUGGUGUGUGUGUGUGUGGGAAGUAGCUGCAAGUGGAGAAAAAACAUUGAACUAUAAAAAUGGACGUUACACCUGGCUCAGUGACGUUUUUAAAAUAUUGCAUGCGAUGUAGAUAUUGCAAAUGUCAAUAUUUCGAUGUGAAUUUGAUUAAUUGUGCAGCCCUACGUCAGAGCCACUAAAACAGGUGCGUUUCAAACUCAUCAUAGUCCUGUCAUCAGUCUCACUUUGGUUUUAUACAUGGAAUCUCUUAAAGAAUGGCCUUGAAUCUGUUGAAGAAUUGUGGUAGUAUGUGUUCUGUUCUGGGCUUGGAUAAGGCCAAGGUUAUCUCUAGGGAGAUGGUAGCCUUUGUAGUGAGUUUCUGUGUGCGUGUGCUGCUGAUGUCACCCACAGUGAACAGGUAGGCAGGCAGUUCUAAAUGUGACCGUGUCUUUACUGAGGGAUGAAUCGUGUUUGGCUAGGGGCUGCAGCUGAUCUCCAUUGUCUACUGUUCAAUUCACUUAGUGAUCGUUAUGUCUUAAGCACUUCUUGCGCAGUGUUCCCUACCACCGACAAAUAGCACUGAGGUCAAGGCUUCCCUCCAGCCAAUGAGAGAUGGUUAGGCCCAAGAUGCUGUGAUGUCAUCAGGGCCAUAGUAAAUAGAACUCUGAACUGGGGUGUACAGGAACUGAUGUGCAACUUCCUAUAAUAUAAUUUCUACCAUACAAUUAGAUGGGUAGCUAUCUCCCUUUUUGUCCCUUCUGUUAUAAUGAUAAAGGAGAGUUCCCUCUUCACCCUGACCAUUCUCUUUAACCUGUCACUCCCAGAAGCUUUUUAACAGGCUCUUAAAUUACUUUUACCAAAGGCUAUGGAUAUACUGACAAGAUACAUGUCUCUCCGCCCUAACAAUGGGAGUCGUUGUCCACAAAGUGGCAUGGCUGGCUAUCUAGCUCCUUUCUUUGGAUUGGUGGAUACAUUAUUGUAAGCCUUUUUUGAAUAUUCGAUGAGGGUUGUUGACGUCAACCGCCUGUAUUCAAUGCUACUAGCCUCAUACCAUGAAUAUGCAGAGCCAUCUCGAGAUGACUCCAAUAUAAAGUGUUUUUUUAUCAAAGUUGCCAGGAUCUCACGUCCUACUUAUAUCAGUACACUUGUAACAACUUAAGCAUUACAAAACUUCUAUUAGAUCAAAUAAACUUCACGUAACAAAUAAGCCAUACAUAUUUUUUGUUGACCAAAUUCGACACUCAUUAACUUCCAUUCAAAAGCUCCUUGCUUGGUGGGCGAAACAAGGAUAAAAUGCCACAUGCUGGAGGGAGUGUUUUUGGUGAGUUGGGCCCCUGUCUUCCUCUGCUUUUACACAACUUUUGAGUCUACUUCCAUGACUUUUGUCUUCAUCAAGGGACUUUGUCUGUGUGUAGGGUAGAUAUGUAAUUGAAAAGGAAGAACUGAGGCUACACAUGAGUGAAAGAAUGCGGUGCCUGCCUGGUGUGGUUGUGGAGUCUCACCAUUGAUAAAGGUUCAGGUCCUGUGGUUUAUGUUAGCCCAUUACCAGUGAGCUAGGCCAGGGGUGGGGUAUUGACCCUUGUGCUUUCUCUUGUUUAGCUAUGCCCUCAGGCUUCAUUCAGUCAAAACUGGUAUCUGUGUUACCUGGAUAUUUAAACAACAAAUUAACAUUUGACCUGUGUGCAGCAAGAGAGUACGUUUGAAUUAUUUCAAAUUGUCAGGUCUAGGCUACAUUGUUUUGUUCAUUAGGCAACAUUAAUAAAAAAAUAUAAGGUAUUUUUACCAGUAACCCAUAAACCCGGCUACUGGUUUUGAUUUGAAUAGGCUAGGUCUCCAUGUUUGUGCUUCAUAUGCACUCCAGGGCAUUAGCUAGGGGAAUUCCAGUGGUAAAAGGCCUGAUUUGCUUUGUGGGGAGGAAUAAAAUCCUUUGCUUACAUUCCCAAAUUGUAUGUUGUUUGGCCUUUUGUUUAAUAAAGAAUUAUUUUAAGAAAAUAAUGAAGCUGUCAUCUGAUAUGAUGUAAAAAUGAAAUGUCUGUGAGUAGUUGUGGUGAGCCAUGGGGGGUUGUGCCAAACAGCUGUGUACAGAAUAGUUCUGAAUCAGAGAUGUGUACUGCUUGGAGUAACAAUUACAUAACGCCUCCCCCUGCCCCUCUCUCUGUCAGAUUCUAUUCCUGUCAGUUACCAUACCAGCUGCAGGCGCGGAGGUGGCACCUCCAGCCCUGUGUGUGUGUGUGUGUGUGUGUGUGUGUGUGUGUGUGUGUGUGUGUGUGUGUGUGUGUGUGUGUGUGUGUGUGUGUGUGUGUGUGUGUGUAUCUUGAUGGAGAGCUCCCUGUUUUUUUCCAUUCAGUUUAAAUUAAACUCCCCUCAGUGUCUGGUAUGUGAUCUGAAAGCAAAGUUGGUUUUGGCUGCAUUUCAAGUCUGAACAGCUAGAUGGAUAGAUAGAUGGAGGAUUCUCUCUCAGCCCCUAAUAGCCCUGGAGGGAGAAGGAGCUCCAUGGCCCGCAUAAUCAAUGAGCCUCAACCUAGACAAAUACCUGCAGGUUGUAGGCUACUACUACACUAUCAGAAUCACAAACUGACACAUGCCUUGCAGUCCCAGUUCAAUAUACACAUGUACACUCCCACAUUACUACAGAAGUAGAAUAAGGUGAGAAAGUAAAACAAUGUUGAGAAAAACAUGCUCAACUUGUCCUAGAAAUAAAGGUUCACCAAAUGUAGCCAUGGAUAGUGAUAGAUCAAUGUUAGAUAGGCCCAUGGGCACAGUAUGCAGCAACACCUCCCGCUGCUACCCUGCAGAUGGCAGGUUGUUGCUGUGUCAGGGUUUCUAUGUGUGAGUAUGGUCUGUAGGUGUUAUGCCAGCCAGGCCUGGCAGACAGACAGGGUGACCGUAGAGUGGUGCUUGAGAGGCAGCUGGUGUGAUGUUGGUGAUCUGGCCUCCCACAGGUCUUUGUUAUUGGAAAACAGGUUAACUCGUUGUUCCUCCUCAUGCAGGCUGACAGACAGACAGACAGACAGACAGUCUCUGUCAUGUUGUCAGCAGUGAGUUCAACAACAGAUCUGAGCAGGACUUGUACUCAACUCAAGCUAUACCUGCCCUGAGAGCACCUAUGUUCCCCUGCAGGAGCUUUCUGGACCAGCUAUUCAAAGAGCCCCAGGAAUGGGGUGUUUUGGCAUCACCACAAUGCCUCGUCAUCAUCAGACAUUCUUGUUUGGCUGGCACACCUAAAAUGUUCAGCACAUGAUUACUAGUUGGAGUUCUAAUUGGUAUUGUCAGACCAUUACUAUGAGCUGAGCCAAAUGUAGUAUGAGGUUGUGAACAGGACUUUGGAGUCCACAUUGAAAAAGGGUCCAGAGAUGUUUUUUCAACAGAGUUACUAAAUGGUGAAAUGCUGCCAAAUGAAACGUUGGGCAAGGAUCACUUCCCAUCACCCCUCCCUACCCUGGUCCCCCGCCCAGUCCCCAAGAGACCAUGCAGCUCUGCUCUGUUCUGAUCAUCUCUCUGUUGGGGUGCUGCUCAGUGUCAGGCUCAAUGACAUCACCAGUCACUCAGUCACAGCAGCACAGCACCACCACACCCCUUUUAAGUACUGUGUGCAGCUGACCUGAUAUUAAACCCCUGGCAUAACACUUGUUGUUUAGCCACAAAGGCCAUUCAUCCAUCCCAUGUGCUGCAACUGCAGAUAACCACACAACCUGCAGAUACUGUUGUCAAGCUUAUUACCAUCAAGUUAACUAAGCUGCAACAUGUAGAAGAGUGAAGACCCUUUGACGAAUGUCUUCAAAGUAUUUCUAAAUAGCCUUCUGCUUGAAUAUGCCCUUUCCCUAUGUUCUCUUCCCACUUCAUAGCCAGUCAGUCUGGCACCAAUUGACAGUUGAGUCCAAUGAAAAUGUUGAUGUUUCUAGAAAUGCAGUGUGCCUGUGUGAGAGAGGCCUACAAUGGUGUGAUUGAUUGAUUUAUUAUACAGUGCAUUCGGAAAGUAUUCAGACCCCUUGACACUUCCUCAUUUUGUUACGUUACAGCCUUAUUCUAAAAUUGAUUAAAUUGUUUUUUCCCUCAUCAAUCUACAGUUGUGGUCAAAAGUUUUGAGAAUGACACAAAUACUAAUUUUCACAAAGUCUGCUGCCUCAGUUUUGAUGAUGGCAAUUUGCAUAUACUCCAGAAUGUCAUGAAGAGCGAUCAGAUGAAUUGCAAUUAAUUGCAAAGUCCCUCUUUGCCUUGAAAAUGAACUUAAUCCCCCAAAAACAUUUCCAAUGCAUUUCAACCCUGCCACAAAAGGACCCGCUGCCUUCAUGUCAGUGAUUCUCUCGUCAACACAGGUGAGAGUUUUGACGAGGACAUGGCUGGAGAUCACUCUGUCAUGCUGAUUGAGUUAGAAUAACAGACUGGAAGCUUUAAAAGGAGGGUGGUGCUUGAAAUCAUUGUUCUUCCUCUGUUAACCAUAGUUACCUGCAAGGAAACAUGUGCCGUCAUAAUUGCUUUGCACAAAAAGGGCUUCACAGACAAAGAUAUUGCUGCUAGUAACAGCCAUGAAUUAAGAAUGGUACCAACACAUCCUCCGAGAGCAACUUCUCCCAACCAUCCAAGAACAGUUUGGUGACGACCAAUGCCUUUUCCAGCAUGAUGGAGCACAUUGCCAUAAGGCAAAAGUGAAAAAUAAGUGGCUCGGGGAACAAAACAUCGACAUUUUGGGUCCAUGGCCAGGAAACUCCCCAGACCUUAAUCCCAUUGAGAACUUGUGGUCGAUCCUCAAGAGGCGGAUGGACCAACAAAAACCCACAAAUUCUGACAAACUCCAAGCAUUGAUUAUGCAAGAAUGGGCUGCCAUCAGUUAGGAUGUGGCCCAGAAGUUAAUUGACAGCAUGCCAGGGCGGAUUGCAGAGGUCUUGAAAAAUAAGUGUCAACACUGCUAAUAUUGACUCUUUGCAUAAACUUAAUGUAAUUGUCAAUAAAAGCCUUUGACACUUAUGGAAUGCUUGUAAUUAUACUUCAGUAUACCGUAGUAACGUCUGACAAAAAUAUCUCAUAACACUGAAGCAGCGAACUUUGUGAAGACCAAUACUUGUCAUUCUCAAAACUUUUGACCGACUGUACACACAAUACCCCAUAAUGACAAAGCAAAAACAGGUUUUUAUCAAUUUUAGCAAAUGUAUUACAAAUAAAAAAUGUAAAUAUCACACUUACAUAAGUAUUCAGACCCUUUACUCAGUACUUUGUUGAAGCAUCUUUGGCAUCAAUUAAAGCGUAGAGUCUUCUGGGGUAUGACGCUACAAUCUUGGCACACCUGUACAUGGGGAGUUUCUUCCAUUCUUCUCUGCAGAUCCUCUCAAGCUCUGUCAGGUUGGAUGGGGAGCGUCGCUGCACAGCUACUUUCAGGUGCCUGGUUUCCUCCUUUCCUUUGGUGGAGUGCUGCAGAGAUGGUUGUCCUUCUGGAAGGUUCUCCCAUCUCCACAGAGGAGCUCUGUCAGAGUGACCAUCAGGUUCUUGGUCGCCUCCCUAACCAAGGCCCUUCUCACCCGAAUGUUCGGUUUGGCCGGGCGGCCAGAUCUAGGAAGAGUCUUGGUGGUUCCAAACUUCUUCCAUUUAAGAAUGAUGGAGGCCACUGUGUUCUUGGGGACCUUCAAUGCUGUAGAAAUGUUUUGGUACCCUUCCCCAGAUCUGUGCCUCGACACAAUCCUGUCUCUGAGCUCUACGGACAAUUCCUUCAACUUCAUGGCUUGGUUUUUGCUCUGACAUGCACUGUCAACUGUGGGACCUUUUUUAUAUAGACAGGUGUGUGCCUUUCCAAAUCAUGUCCAUCAAUUGAAUUUACCACAGGUGGACUCCAAUCAAGUUGUAGAAACAUCUCAAGGAUGAUCAAUGGAAAUGGGAUGCACCUGAGCUCAAUUUCGAGUCUCAUAGCAAAUGGUCUGAAUACUUAUGUAAAUAAGGUAUUUCCGUUUUUAUUUUUAAUAAAUUAGCAAAAACUUCUAAACCUGUUUUCGCUUUGUCAUUAUUCGGUAUUGUGUGUAGAUUAAUGAGGGAAAUGUUGUAUUUAAUCAAUUUUAGAAUAAGGCUGUAACGUAACAAAAUGUGGAAAAUUGAAGGUCUGAAUGCACUGUACAUGCAUACACACACACACACAAACACACACACUCAAAAGGUAUUCCUGUCAUUCCAGCUGGUUUAUAUUCUCCUACUACCCAGGUAAUUGAAAGCUGAAUAGCUCCUAACGUUGUCCUCGUCCCCCCCAGCUCCAAAACUUAGGGAUCAACCCGGCCAACAUCGGGUUCAGCACUCUGACGAUGGAGUCUGAUAAGUUCAUCUGUAUCCGAGAGAAGGUGGGCGAGCAAGCGCAGGUGGUGAUCAUCGACAUGGCCGACCCCAACACGCCCAUCCGCAGGCCUAUCUCUGCAGACAGCGCCAUCAUGAACCCUGCUUCCAAAGUCAUCGCACUUAAAGGUAAGCCAGUUAAAACUGACAGUCUGAAUUUCAUUUAGACUUAAUUUAACCAGGAUAAAAUCCCUUUAAGAGGUUAAAAACCUGGGAAACAAUUGGAAUUAUCAAGUUAUCCUAUGUAAAACAGGCCUACCAUUUUGUACACUUGUGUUGAUGUUUUUAUUGAUAUAGUACAGCAGCAUUUAACCCUUAAUGGGCCUGCCUUCAUGAUUCAGUUUUGACAUGUUUGUGUUGUAGCCAGCAGAUUUUUGUCAACAUCCAAUGUCCAUACAGUGUUGAAGUAAACAUCUGUUUAUGUCCACAUACAUACAGCUAUUUCUAUUUAGUUUUGUAAAGUAUUUUUGAUUGGCCCAGACAUUAGUCUUACUGACCUAUGACCCAACAGUAGUGUACAUUGAUAGUCUUGUUCAGCAGCCAUAAUUGCUUUGUCUGUUUAUGUUUUGUUUUUGUUUCUCUGUUUUGUUUGUUCUUUUUUAUUAUUUUUUCGGCUUUCUUAUGUGUAUGCAGACGGUGAGUUAAAAUUUCAGUACAACUGAGUUGUGGAAGUUUUAAAUCCUGUUUUUAAAUCAGCAUUAAAAAAACAACCAUAAGACUUUGUUCAAUUCUGAUACUAGGGUCACUAGAAACACACACAAGCAUACGCACACACUCUCACACUCACUCCAGUCUCUCCUUUCAUAUUAGACACAUCAUCACCAUGUUAUCAUCCAGCUUGAGACUGACUCCCACUGUUCCAGUCCCACUUGUACUCUAUUCCAAAACAUGUCUAUGCACACAGAUGGACAUCAUUUUGUCAAAAUACAGUGGCAGGAGUUUUAUUAUGGAAUCAGAACUUUUAUUUUUACAUUACCAAAAUCCAUUCACAUAUAUUUUUUCAUACAUGCUAUAUUUCAUGCACCUAUGUUUAAGCUAUUAUCUAACUAUUAGGCCAAUCUAAACAGGAUUUAUCUUUCACAACCUUCUAGCUUGAAUGUUGGCAUUACAUCAAUAUGGUUUCUUAGAUGUACCAAUGAUUUAGUAUCUGUUUGGGGGUGGAAAUAUUGUGGGUUGACACAAAUUUGUUGCUUGCCAUUUCGAUUCCCUCCCCAGUUCCUCUGUGUUUGAAUGUAACGUUGCCAAAACCCAUGGGAUCCAAUAGGGAUCACUACCUUUGUCAUAAGAGCUAUGUAGUUUUAUCAUGGCUCUAAGUUUAGGUUAUAUAUUAUCCUGAAACGAGACCACAUUAGUUGGGAGUAAAGCAGUAAGUAGACAUGGGCUAGGUUACUCAUGAUGUAAUCUGUUUCUUUUAUUGAGAGAUUUAGAAUUCCCUCAUAGCUAGCUAACUAUCGCUGUAGAUCCUUGCUCCUCCCUCUGUUAGAGGCAGUGAACGUGGCCUGGGUGAUGAUAUUGAUUGAAUCAGUGCCCGUAUUCUGAUGGUAGCUCUGCUCAGAUUAGAUUAUAUACAUAUCCAGUGAGUCUUCCUCUGAUAUUCUACCCUAUCAGAUGAUGGAGUGGAUGUAGCAAGUGUAUAUUUCAGACCAGAAGGAGUAUAGAGAUGAUGAAUAGGGCCCUUUGACGAGUUACCAUGGCCCAGAGGGCUGAAAAUCAGAUUAGCCACCAAUUGAUUGGUCGUUAAAGUAAAAUACCCUUUGAUUGGUUUAAACCAGUAGAUUUAAUUAGAGUCGUCCUCCUCCCUGUAGGUCCAACACUGCCCCUCUCCACCCCCAUCCCCGCCACCAAUCCUAAUGUAAUUUACACAGGCCCAAACCACUUAAACAAACCUCCUGGUUUUUACAUAUUUCCUGGGAUUCCAUUCAGACAGACUGACACAGACCCCAUCCAUGUGACAGUAGUGCUCGGUGUGUCCUCCUGUCCUCCUAGCUUCCUCUCUCCCCUUCUUUGUAUUGUGACCCUGCGUUUUCCCUGACUGCCUGGUUUCAGCAACCAGUAAUAUAUCUGAAAGGCUCAUUUCUAGCAACUGAGUGAAUAACUAAUAUUUCUGAAAUAGCACAGUACCGAAGGGCCAGUCGUCCACUUGUAUGCUAUUUAUAAUUUAUACCUGUGAGGGUAGGAUGGUUGUGUGAUUACACAAUGUUUGGAGGAGGGACUCAUUAUCGGUCUAUGUGGCUACAGCCAAUAGGCCUAAUACUGAUUUCAGGAGUAGAUAUAGUCAACAAUAACCAAAUAGUAUUACUGUUACAUGCAAUCUUGACUUGCCUGCAAUUUAGUUUUGGAGCCCACUCUUCAUUCACAAACAUAUGACCAAAGGACACAAGUUGAGUGGCAAAUGUGAGAAAAGGGACUUUCAGUGCCUAAGAUGGUAAAAACACGCAAAUGCUAUAAACUGUGCCAAUAAAUGAUACUCUCGUUUUGAAGCAGAAAGCAGUUGUGAGAUUAUACUGGAUUAGCAGUCAUGAUUUGCCAUUAUUUGGAGUCUCAUUCCCAAUCAUCUAUGUUGUACUGUAGGAUGGAAUUACAGGUUGUAGAACUAUGUAGUGGGAAACGCAGGGCCGUGAUCUUCUAGCAUAGUAGCAUAGCUAUCUACCAUCUCUUCUUACUCUUCCCUAAUCUGCAUUCAGACAGGGCCUGCCCUCCCUCUUUACCACUGUACUAAAUCUAUCAGGUGAUGGUUUAGUGACCCUGGGGGAUGUGAGAAGCAGAAUACACAACAUGUACCAUGCAGAUUCUCACGUGCACCUCCAAUUGCUUAAUAUGGUCAAAUCAAAACUCACUUUGUUGAUUUUGUUUACACUUUAAAUGUGGCUGCCGAUGCUUUGUAAGUGAAUUGCUUUCUGUGAUUUACAAUUAACUUUCGAUAAAAUUAACAGGGAAUAUAUUAAUUAAUGCUUCUUAAUAAGGCUUUAACUUACCUAUUUAAUUACGUUAAUUCACCCAAAACUAAUCAAACAAAACACAGGUGAGUAACCUUUUCUAACCUAUUCAUCAUUGAUACACGGAGUAUACCAAACAUUAGGAACACCUUCCUAAUAUUGAGUUGACCCCCCGCACACACAGUUUGCCCUCAGAACGGCCUCAAUUCGUCAGGGCAUGGACUCUACAAGGUGUCGAAAGCAUUCCACAGGGAUGCUGGCCCAUGUUGACUCCAAUGCUUCCCACAGUUGUCAAGUUGGCUGGAUGUCCUUGGGAUGAUGGACCAUUCUUGAUACACACUGGAAACUUUUGAGCGUGAAAAACCCAGCAGCGUUGCAGUUCUUGACACAAACCAUUGCGCCUGGCACCUACUACCAUACCCCGUUCCAAGGCACUUAAAUCUUUUGUCUUGCCCAUUCAACGUCUGAAUGGCACACAUACACAAUCCAUGUCUCAAUUGUCUCGAGGCUUAAAAUCCUUCUUUAACCUGUCUCCUCCCCUUCAUCUACACUGAUUUGAAGUGGAUUUAACAAGUGACAUCAAUAAGAAAUAAUCGCUUUCACCUGGAUUCACCUGGUCAGUCUAGAUGAUGGAAAGAACAGGUGCUCUUAAUGUUUUGUAUACUCAGUGUAUAUUAACAAUGUAAAAUAACAUCUAACAAUGUACAAUGGCACAGUCUUAAUCAAUCAAUAUUGAAAACCCCUCUUUUCCAUUACUUUUAUAGGGGUGUCCUUUUCUAGUCAGUCCCCAACCACUGUGCAACAUAUCUUUCCUCUCCCUCUAAUACUGUCUAAGUAUUAGUCCUUCUCCCUUUGUCUCUUAUAAUUGACCUGGAUGCUGAUAUGUAAGAUUUUAGUGGUUGUCUGUUUUUAAUUUCUUUGCUUAAUCUCUGACUGCUGCGUCAUGGUGUCCUUCUUGCCUGAUGCUCUCUUUGGGCCAUGACUACCAUCAUUUCAAGCUUGACUCUCAUUACUCAAGUGGAAUUUGGUAUUUACUUCACAUUUCCCUUAGUCCGACGUGUGUUUGUGGCUCUCUAUGACUGACCUGUGUGUGAGUGUGUUUGCUGACUUCUCAGAGUAGCCAUAACGAGUUGUUCUCCCAUGCGAUGCCUCUCUCUGCUCCCUCUGCCCCUCUCAGCCGCCAAAACCCUUCAGAUCUUUAACAUUGAGAUGAAGAGCAAGAUGAAGGCUCACACCAUGACGGACGACGUCACCUUCUGGAAGUGGAUCUCCCUCAACACAGUGGCACUUGUGACCGACAAUGCCGUCUACCAUUGGAGCAUGGAGGGGGACUCCCAGCCAAUCAAAGUCUUUGACCGGCACUCCAGCCUGGCGGGCUGUCAAAUCAUCAACUACCGCACUGACGCCAAGCAGAAAUGGCUACUGCUCAUCGGCAUCUCCGCACAGGUUACAGUCUUAGACACACACACACACACCCACACACAUACACACACACACACUAACUCAAUGACAGUGAAUAUACCUAAUCUCACACACAUAUACCUAGCUAUGCACUAUCAAACUUGACUCAUCGUUGUAGCAGAGAAUGUUGCCAUUGCCCUGUAAUGAACAUAAUGAACAUGUUUUUUCUCUGUUGCAGCAAAACCGUGUGGUGGGCGCCAUGCAGUUGUACUCUGUGGACAGGAAGGUGUCACAGCCCAUCGAGGGCCACGCCGCCGGCUUCGCCCAGUUCAAAAUGGAGGGCAACACAGAGGAGUCCACACUGUUCUGCUUUGCUGUGAGAGGACAGGCCGGAGGAAAGGUAGGACAAAGGACUGGGGUACUGAGGGGAGGGGGGUUAUUGGAUAUUGGGGUUGGUUGGUGGAGAUGUUUUUCAUUUUCACUUGACAAUACUCAGCUAGCAAAGCUGGUUGAAAUGACAUAAUUAUAACCAGAUUAAAACUAACAGGUUAAAAUCUGGUUGUGUUGAUGUCAUUGCAGCCAGUUUUGCCCGCUGGCUAAGCACGUCAUUGUAGAUGACUGUAAAUGACGUUGUUCUCUAAUGAUCAUCUCUAUUGUAGUUGCACAUCAUUGAGGUGGGCACCCCACCCACAGGGAACCAGCCUUUUCCAAAGAAAGCAGUGGACGUGUUCUUCCCUCCAGAGGCUCAGAACGACUUCCCUGUGGCCAUGCAGGUACGUAAUAGCUAAUAACUAUGGACUGUACUGUACUUAUCACUCUUAUACCCCUUUCACACUACUGAGCCAAGACAAGCUGUACUGUGCUGGCGUGGAUCCACCAUAAUUACAUGCUGGAAAGGCCAAUAUGAAAAGAAAAGUAGUACGGUUCGUGUCAGCGAAGUAAUGUGAGAAGGUUAUUAGUGUUAGCCAAGGGAAGCCUAGUAGGUAGCUGUGGACUGUACUAAACACUGAUAGCCACUGUUAGCCAAGGACACCCUGACCUUGUGGCACAGCACAUACAGUGCCUUCAGAACGUAUUCAUACCCCUUGACGUAUUCCACAUUUUGUUGUUACAACCUGAAUUAAAAAUGUAUUACAUUUUUAAAAAAUCUCGCCCAUCUACACACAAUACCCCAUAAUGACAGUGAAAACAUGUUUUUAGACAUUUUGGCUAAUUUAUUGAAAAUAAAAUACAGAAAUAUCUCAUUUACAUAAGUAUUCAAUACAUGUUAGAAUCACUUUUGGCAGUGAUUACAGCUGUGAGUCUUUCUGGGAAAGUCUCUAAGAGCUUUGCACACCUGGAUUAUACAAUAUUUGCCCAUUAUUAUUUAUCAUUGCUAGACAAACAUUUUCAGGUCUUGCCAUAGAUUUUCAAGCAGAUUUAAGUCGAAACUGUCACUCGGCCACUCAGGAACAUUCACUGUCUUCUUGGUAAGCAAGAUAUGGCCUUGUGUUUUAGGUUAUUAUCGUACUGAAAGGUGAUUUCAUCUCCAAGUGUCUGUUGGAAAGCAGACUGAACCAGCCUGUGCUUAGCUCCAUUCCAUUUCUUUUUUAUCCUGAAAAACUCCCCAGUCCUUAAUGACUACAAGCAUACCCAUAACAUGAUGCAGCCAUCACUAUGCUUGAAAAUAUGGAGAGUGGUACUCAAUAAUGUGUUUUAUUGGAUUUUCCCCAAACACACUUUGUAUUCAGGACAAAAAGUGAAUUGCUUUGCCACAUUUUUAGCUGGUCCUCUGUAGCUCAAUUGGUAGAGCAUGGUGCUUGUAAUGCCAGGGUACAUAAAAAUGUAUGCACACAUGACUGUAAGUCGCUUUGGAUAAAAGCCUCUGCUAAAUGGCAUAUUAUUAAUAUUAUUAUUAUUACUUUAGUGCCUUGUUGCAAACAGGAUGCAUGUUUUGGAAUAUUUGUAUUCUGUACAGGCUUCCUUCUUUUCACUCUGUCAAUUAGGUUAGUAUUGUGGAGUAAAUACAAUGUUGUUGAUCCAUCCUCAGUUUUCGCCUAUCACAGCCAUUAAACGCUGUAACUGGUGAAAUCCAUGAGCGGUUUCCUCCCUCUCCGGCAACUGAGUUAGGAAGGACGCCUCUAUCUUUGUAGUGACUGGGUUUAUUGAUACACCAUCCAAAGUGUAAUGAAUAACUAAACCAUGCUCAAAGGGAUAUUCAUGAAUUAAAUUCAAUAAAUGAAUGAACGAAAGACAUCUGUACUGCCCUUGAAGGGAUUUUUUUUUUCAACCUUAGAGUACUCUGCUUUUACAUAUGUUACACUUUACACAUUUGGUUUCUCAAAAAAAAAUCUGCCUUUUUCCUCUCAGAUAAGCUCCAAGCAGGAUGUGGUGUUCCUCAUCACCAAAUAUGGCUACAUCCACCUGUACGACCUGGAGACUGGCACCUGCAUCUACAUGAACAGGAUCAGCGGGGAGACCAUCUUUGUCACGGCCCAACACGAAGCCACCGCUGGGAUCAUCGGGGUCAACAGGAAAGGACAGGUACAGAUACCACCUCUCCCACCCUCCUCUAUACCAACCUCGUUUAUCCCCACCUUCUCUAUCACCACGUUCUUGGAAAGACAGAAAUAACAGAAAUAUGGCCUGAUUGAUUGAUAGAUUUUUCUGACGCUCACAGCAUUUUACAAUGUAAAGAGAACUCCCCUCAUCCACCACAAAUGUGUUGAUUAUUUUACACCCCCUCUUUUGUAUGUAACAAGUUGUAGUGCACAGUACAGUGUAAUCCAUUCAGCUCGAUGAAGCUAGUUGUAAUCCUAGCGUUGUAACUAUUGAUGUGCUCCACUGUAAACCAGCCCUGUGUGUUCCUCCUCAUUACUAUGCCACCGCUGGUUCAAUAUUGCUGCAUUAUACAUCCCUACAUUAUACAGCCUCUCUCUAGGGACAACAGAGGAGGAGGAGGCUGGGUCUAGAAUACAUGCCACCGUGAGCUGAUUACCCAAGCAGCACCCUAUAUAAUACCCACCACCACCACAUCUAAGACCCAACAAGACAACCAUUAAUAAUCCCACCCUCUUUUAUAUCCUACCAUAUGUUCAGGGGUAAGCAGCACAGGGAGGUGGAUAGAUGAUAAGAAGAGCUGGAGUUGAGCGAACGGGAUUAACAAUUAUCCCGGCCUGUCGUCGCCGUUGUCAGAGGACUCAGUCUCUCAAUCUAAGCGAUGAGGUGUCCGUUCGUUAUAAAUAAUCAAAGGUUGUUGGGUUUCACAGGUGAACCAGAGAGAGAUCCAUCCCCCCUCCAACACACACACACACACACACCUCCACUGUGAAGGCAUUACAGCAGGAUACCAGGAUCCAUCUAACUGAUGAAUAAUGUUCCAGCCAGGCCACAGACCACAUGCAUUAUUAAGUGGAGGAGUGAAAGCUGAUCUGAGACACACGCUGUCAGACCUGCAUUGCUGGCGCAUAGAGCACACAGAUAGACACUGGCUGGGGUUUCUAUAGAGCAGUGAGCACAGAGACACCGGCUGUAGUUUGUAUGGAUGAUAAUGUCAUAGAGACACUGGCAGGCUGGGGCUUCUAUGCAGUACAUAUUUCCCCUAUAUGCAUUUAAAUCGCAGAAUCGUGGCCACCACUGCAAAAAAAUAUACUUUCUUUUUUAUAUAAUGUAGAUUUCCAGACGUAUGCCCCACCCGCUAACUCAGCAAGAUUAAUUUGCUUCCCUUUGGCUGUAGAAGAUGUAGCCAAGCUUGCAGGAGUUGGAAUGCGAGGGCACAGUAGUCGUGUGUGUGUGUGGUUUGACUGCUCAUUAGUUGGAAUGAAUUGGGAUAGCUUAAAAGCAUAAUGCCUUGGUAAUAGGGAUGCCUGCUGGCUAAGCAGGUCCUACAGUGUCUGUCUUCUCCAUCACUGUCCCACACAGAGAGCUGUGGGGCUGGGCUCGCCUCUCCUUUUCUCCCAGUGUGUGUGUGUGUGUGUGUGUCAGGAGGAAGAGCCAGGGUCCAAGAUGCUGCGUCUGCAGCCAGGCACAGGAACACAGUAACACAGGCACUGACUGACCUUGGGAUGGAGGAAUCCCUGCAAAAAAAAACUGCAGCACAGAGCUACUCUGCAGUAAUUAGAGGGAGAAAAAAAAGAGGGGGAGAGAGAAAAGAGAGGGGGAGAUGUGAUGACUUUCACUUUGUCAGAACCAGUUGUGUUGACAGUUGAUAAUGUCACCGCUCUCUGUAGUCACUAAGGUUUGACUCACAGCUCAUCCCUCUCUCUGCCUCUAGCUACUACUGACGUCAAUACAUCCCCCUCUACACACACACACACACACACACACACACACACACUAGGGUUGAAUAUUCUCCCGGUAUUUUACAAAUGUUCCAUCCCGAGAGUAAAUAACUUUUCUCCCGGGUAACACCAGAAGUGUCAUUGAAAAGCAUUAUCAAGCAUAUAAAUAGGCUUAUGUUUUGGAUUUGAUUAGAUCUUUGAUCCAAAGUUCAAGGCUGAUGCUACCUGAGCCAUAUAUUAAAUACAUUUAAUGAGCCCAAGCCCAAAUGAUUGUGCGGUUAUCCAAUACAUAUAUGAUAUAGGCUACUGUACAUUACUAACGACAGAAAAACAUAAAAGCCCAUAGAUGUGGCUAGCUAUAUGCUCUCUUGGGUAAAAAACUGAAACAAGCUCCAGUAGGCUAAUCUUUUUGAGUGUGAACUGUAUUACUGUACGAUAUUGUAUUAUACUGUAUUAUAUGGACUGGAAUUACGCACAUCGUUCAAACCACGAUAAAGCAGGGAGAACAUGCGAUUCUGGUGCAGCACAUGCGGCCUACAAAGUUACAAGUAUAGGCUAGCAAAUUUGAUUUAAGUUUGAAAUAUUAUAGGGCCUAUUUGUAUAAUUAGUAGGCUGACACAUAUAUAUCGUUCAUAAUAUUUCCCCUAUUGUUAUUAGCCUACCUCCUCUUUCUCUCUCUAUUGUAGUUUCAUUCCUUCCUCGCAUUCAACAGUUAAAUGAAAUGUUUCAUUGUCCUUAUCUUCAUCAUUCUAAUGACAUCCUUGAAUAAUAUAGGACUAGUAUUAGAUGCAGAAGGCAUCUUCUCUUCACGAAGAUUGAAAGGUUAUGGGUCUGAAUAAAUAACUGCUAUAGCCUACCACCAUCGUGCGUUCGCUCUUUCAAACUAUCCGUUAGUUCUAUUGGCUGCUGUAUUUAACAUUCAGCAAACAAGAGCUUGCGUCCCUCUUCUGAUAAUUUUUUUAGUAUUUCUUAUACCAAUAAACUAUGUCCAGCAAGCUAUUCUAGUCUAGCUUUUCCUGCAUGGGACUCCCAAGAGCUAAGGAGCACAGGUGGGUGCGUAUUGCGCAAGAGACAGAGGCUAUAAGUUAGAAGCUUAUUAUGCAUAACCCAUCAUUAAUUAGCUAAAUAUAAGGCUAAUACUGCAUUGAAUGUAUUACCUGAAAGAGGUAGGCUAGGGAUAUAUAUCAAUCUAGAACAGGAUUAUCUAUUUUAGAUGCAAUUUGAAUGGAGUUGAUGGAGAGACAGAGACUACGAGAGAGAAAGACUACGAGAGGGUGCUUGCGUGUGCACCGGUUUCUGUUAUUUAUCCCGGGAAAAAGUGAGUUUUUUGGCGGUAAAUCCCGAUAAUCUCGGUAACCAGGUUCCUGCCAUUCAACCCUAACACACACACACAAACACACAUCUCCACUAAGAGCUCUAAUUUUACUCCUCUUUUCUUUGCCUCCAUCCCACCCGCCCUUUAUUAGCCCAACAAUAUUAUUAGGGGAGUGGUCUUUCUGACCCUUCCUCUCUGAGUGAAGGGGAGAAUGAGGUGCAGUCAUGCCUGUUAACAGCUGUGGGCAGUGACCUGCUGGGCUUGUUAUCGUGAGGCCCCUCUCCUCUCUCCAGUCCCCCAUAUAGAACCUUCCACCAGAGGCACAUGUUAUACUGACACACUAAUGAUGCAUUUACCAUCAUUACAAUGUAUCAGCCCCAACCCACGGCCUGGCUCAAUGCUCCCAGAACAGUUCAUAUUGUUUAGCCUAAUAUGCCCUGUUUACCCUCUGCAUUUAAAUUCUGUUUUCAUCCCAGCCAUCAAAGCUCCUAGAAGUAAGAGUGUGUGGUUGAAUGUGCAUGCAUAAUACAGUAUGUGAUUUAGCUAGCUGAGUCUAUGGUGCACUAUGCAGUGUCAGUCAUAGAUGGUCGUGAGUGCACUAACUCACUGGCGCUGAUGGCUUUUGACAGGCCCUGAAUCGGCUGCCUGUUAGUUAGAGUAUGUAUAGGCCACUACAGACGGAGAAAAGGCCAUUUCAAAGAGGCCCGUUUCAAGCUCUUGUCCACUCACUGAGCUUAUUUCUUUUAGAGAAAGUGUUGAUAGUCAGCAAAAAGAAAGCUACAAAAAAGACACCUAGCAUUUAUAAUAAUAAUAAUAAUAAUAUGCCAUUUAGCAGACGCUUUUAUCCAAAGCGACUUACAGUCAUGCGUGCAUACAUUUUUGUGUAUGGGUGGUCCCGGGGAUCGAACCCACUACCUUGGCGUUACAAGCGCCGUGCUCUACCAGCUGAGCUACAGAGGACCACCACCAUUUGUUUUGGCUAGCCUUCUGUAGCCAGAGCGAUAUAUAUAUAUAUUUUGAAACGUAGCAGUCUUAGACAUGGGUGAAUGUCCUAUUUUGAGAUGUAAAAAUAUAUAUAUAUAUAUAUUCUUAAUGCAAAAUGCAAUUUUAAAGAAUAGAAUGUCUUACAUUGCUAAAUUAUAUUACACAGCUUUUUUUAUAUAUACCAUAAUAACCAAAUGUAGUCUAUUACUAGCUGAAUAGAUAGAUAGAUAGAUAGAUAAUUAAGCAUGUCAACCUAGGCCCUGCAUGACCCUAAUGCAUUUAUAAAGUACCCUAAGUCCGGGCCAGUAGUACCCCAAGUCCAGGCCCUCACCUUCCCCCUUUGACCCCGCUGACCUUCCUCUCCCACCUGAUUGAUCGCUAGUCCUCCAGAGUUUUAUUUUUUUUAAACAAUCUGGCUAGCUGGUGCCUAUCUGGGUUGGUGGAGGAAAAGUACAAAGAGCGAACAAACAAAUGGUUAGCUAGCUCCGUCUCUCUGGCAGAAAGCGAACACCCCUCUCUCUCUUCAUUCUCCAUUUCACACAUGGCUGUGUCCUUUGUUUACUUGUGGAUGGGAUUGCCUUACACACUGACACAGAGCUCUGGCUCUGUCCUACCAUUUACCGUCCUGUAUGUUAGGAACCUGAUCUGGAGCAUACGCUGGCAUCUCUACAUGUCCUUCAAUGGGAACCAUGUACAAAAACAGACACCAUUGUAGCUGGAUAGUAGAUACACCCCCCUGUCAACAAGUAGCUCAGUAAACACUAUUGAGAUGAAGAGAAAAGGGUCAGUAGAGCAAUGUUAUUUAAUUAAUCUAGUUUAAACUGAAAUAUAAUUUUCUGUCAGCCUCGCAUACCUACAUGUAUCCCCUUUACACUCAUACCCGUAUGCGGGUUGAAAAUGGCAGAUUUGGGCACUGAUAAACGCCUAAAUUGGAACACAGUGGCUGUACAGUAACAUGCUAUACAUGACAUCAGAACUUUGGCUCUGCGCUUCACAGCUCUGUAUGGGUUUUGACUGACAGCCGUUCUGAACUUUAGCACCUCGCACAACAUUUUUUGUUGUCUGAGUGAGGGAAAUGGUGUAAAUUACGAAGACUAUGUAUUUUGAAAGAUUAUAUGUUGAGGAUUAUAAUAAAUACCGCUUUGAUGUCAUACAAGUAAGCCAAACACCCGUGAGUCCAAAUGUGCACUUCACAUUUCCAUAUCAUAUAACUCAUGUAAAUACAAUGUCAACGUUUAUGAUCAAUGUUUGACUUGCAGUUACAAGAUGAGUUAUACCCUGGGUUGUCCUGAACAGAAUGAGCCUAUGUUUGUUGUAUUGUGAAGAAAAUUUGCCGCGGACCACGCCUCUGAAUGCAUGACUCCAUUCUAUGCACACCGAAAUUACGAUCUGCCUAACACUGUAAGAUCGUAUUUUAUAAUUUAGCUAGUCAAGUCAGUGAAGAACAAAUUCUUAUUUAUAAUAACUGCCUACACCGGCCAAACCCGGACGACACUGGGCCAAUUGUGCGCCGCCCUAUGGGACUCCCAAUCACGGUCAUUGUGAUACAGCCUGGAAUCAAACCAGGGUCUGUAGUGACGCCUCUAGCACUGAGAUGCAGUGCCUUAGACCGUUGCGCCACUCGGAAGCCCCAUAUGCUUUCCAUAUUUCUUCUGUAAGAAACAUUUCAAUUUAGCCCUAUCUAUAUAGACCAAUUGCCACGAGUGUAAAGGGUUAAAGCACUAACUCUCGAAGGUCCCCCCCCCCCCCCCCCCCAAUUGAACAAAGCCAUUGUUUCUUGUCUAUUGGGUCCUAUGUCUGUAUUUUAUGGAUGAUUUUCAAACUCCUCUCUCACCCAUGUCCUCUCUCCAGGUCCUGUCAGUGUGUGUGGAGGAGGAGAACAUCAUCCCCUACAUCACCAAUGUGCUCCAGAACCCAGACCUGGCCCUGCGCAUGGCCGUCCGUAACAACCUAGCUGGGGCCGAGGAGCUGUUCGCACGGAAGUUCAACAACCUGUUUGCCGGGGGAAACUAUUCUGAGGCUGCCAAGGUGGCUGCCAAUGCACCAAAGGUAACUUGUAUAUAAACGGUACAGGGUCUCCCUCCAGGGGCUGUCUGAUCACAUUGCUGUAAUUAAAUGGAAGUUAAACUUUCUGAUAUCCACUACAGCUUUCUGUUUGUCCAUAUCAUGUUACAUCAAUACAAUAUCAAAGUGAAUAGUAGCUCACAUGAUCACGAGAGACUUUGGAUAUGCAAAUGCAUUUCUGAAUAAAUAACCGUUAACUCCUCUCAUUUGAAUAGUUUGUCUCCAGCAUGUACGUGUUGCUAUGUACAAUAUGUUGCUAGCAAAACCCUCUCACAGCCAUGUAUCAGCAGUAUCGCUCUGUGAAUAUAUAAACUGCAGCUGACUCCCUCCACCCAUGUCUUGUUGUUCUGUCUCCUCUCUCCCCUCCAGGGUAUCCUGCGUACUCCAGACACCAUCCGUAAGUUCCAGAGUGUGCCAGCCCAGCCAGGCCAGACCUCUCCCCUGCUGCAGUACUUUGGUAUCCUGCUGGACCAGGGCCAGCUCAACAAGUUUGAGUCUCUGGAGCUGUGCAGGCCCGUCCUACAGCAGGGACGCAAGCAGCUGCUGGAGAAGUGGCUCAAAGAGGACAAGGUGUGUGUGUGUCUGUCUCAGAGAGAAGGGGGAGAGAUGGGUAUCUGACCUCCCAUAGGAAGAGGCCUUUCCUGAGGGGGGGGGGGGGGGGUGUGUCCAUGUUCAUAUCUCCCCAAUCAUCAGAGUUGUUUGUCCUUUCUACGAUUUGAGGCAAACUGUUUGUUAUGCUGAGUAUUUGAAGAGUUUUUCCCCGCCUUCAGAGAGUGCUGGGAAAUGUGGGCGGCUCCUUUGUCUGUCUCAAUGUUUCCCCCCAUAGUUUUCUGCUUCAUACUAAUUGUGAAUGUUUAAAUGUGUUAAAAAUCACACACAAUUGAAACAUUACAUUAUAUUCCAAAUAUUAUUUUAAAAAAACUUUUCUGUAGGGGUUUUCAGUAGGUUAUUUUACCUGUAGGGUACUUGUGGUGAAACUAACGGUUUGUCUCUUCUCAGCUGGAGUGUUCUGAAGAGCUGGGGGACCUGGUGAAGUCAGUGGACCCCACCCUGGCUCUCUCCGUCUACCUGAGGGCCAACGUACCCAACAAGGUCAUCCAGUGCUUCGCUGAGACCGGACAGUUCCCCAAGAUAGUCCUGUACGCCAAGAAGGUACGUUUUCACUCUGCGAUGGAGCUCUGUUGAUGUUCCUGUUUCCUUGGUUUGCUUUCCUUAUGACAUGUUUGAGGAAGUGGAUGAGCUGUAUCUUAGUGUCCCGAGAGGGGCUUUAGAAUGGGAUCGGCUCCAUUGGGGCCAAAUGGGGGUUGGAAAGAGGGCUUUAGCUUUCAUUAGCUAGAUACUUGAUGUAUGAUUGAAAGGUAUGUGAUAUGACAAUGAAAGGGUGUUUAAAAAACUAAAUACAUAUUAUAAAUAUGUACGUUGAGGAGUAGAUUGGUGCAUUGGUAAAUGUGGUUGUAACUGUUGUCUUGCUCUUUCUGUGUGGGUAGGUGGGCUACACUCCAGACUGGAUCUUCCUGCUGAGGAACGUGAUGAGGAUCAGUCCAGAACAGGGCCUGCAGUUCUCACAGAUGCUGGUCCAGGACGAGGAGCCUCUGGCUGACAUCACACAGGUUGGUGGGGGGAGUGGGGGGGGAGAGGGAGGACGAGUGAGAAGGAGGGAGGGGAGGGGAGGGAGAGGGUGGGAGGAGGGAGAUAUUGGGGGAACGAUGGGAGAGGGGAAGGAGGAAGACGGAAGGGAGAGAUAGGAGGGAAAUGAUUUGAGAGAGGGAGAGGGGAAGAGACCCUAGACUAUACAAUGGCGCCGGAGGGGGUGGCUGCCGUUUUAUGGGCUCCUAACCAACUGUGCUAUCUUGUUAGUUUUUUCGCAUGGUUUGUAACUUAUUUUUUAACUUAUUCAAUCAAUCAAUCAAUUUUAUUUUAUAUAGCCCUUCUUACAUCAGCUAAUAUCUCGAAGUGCUGUACAGAAACCCAGCCUAAAACCCCAAACAGCUAGUAAUGCAGGUGUAGAAGCACGGUGGCUAGGAAAAACUCCCUAGAAAGGCGAAAACCUAGGAAGAAACCUAGAGAGGAACCAGGCUAUGAGGGGUGGCCAGUCCUCUUCUGGCUGUGCCGGGUGGAGAUUAUAACAGAACCAUGCCAAGAUGUUCAAAAAUGUUCAUAAGUGACAAGCAUGGUCAAAUAAUAAUCAGGAAUAAAUCUCAGUUGGCUUUUCAUAGCCGAUCAUUAAGAGUUUGAAAACAGCAGGUCUGGGACAGGUAGGGGUUCCAUAACCGCAGGCAGAACAGUUGAAACUGGAAUAGCAGCAAGGCCAGGCGGACUGGGGACAGCAAGGAGUCACCACGGCCGGUAGUCCCGACGUAUGGUCCUAGGGCUCAGGUCUCUCAGUUGGCUUUUCAUAGCCGAUCAUUAAGAGUUGAAAACAGCAGGUCUGGGACAGGUAGGGGUUUCGUAGCCGCAGGCAGAACAGUUGAAACUGGAAUAGCAGCAAGGCCAGGCGGACUGGGGACAGCAAGGUGUCAUCAUGCCCGGUAGUCCUGACGUAUGGUCCUAGGGCUCAGGUUCUCAGAGAGAAAGAGAGAACGAGAGAAUUAGAGAGAGCAUACUUAAAUUCACACAGGACACUGGAUAAGACAGGAGAAGUACUCCAGGUAUAACCAACUAACCCCAGCCCCCCGACACAUAAACUACUGCAGCAUAAAUACUGGAGGCUGAGACAGGAGCGGUCCGGAGACACUGUGGCCCCAUCCGAAGAAACCCCCGGACAGGGCCAAACAGGAAGGAUAUAACCCCACCCACUCCGCCAAAGCACAGCCCCCGCACCACUAGAGGGAUAUCCCCAACCACCAACUUACAAUCCUGAGACAAGGCCGAGUAUAGCCCACAGAGGUCUCCACCACAGCACAAACCAAGGGGGGGGCGCCAACCCAGACAGGAAGAUCACGUCAGUAACUCAACCCACUCAAGUGACGCACCCCUCCCAGGGACGGCAUGAAAGAGCACCAGCAAGCCAGUGACUCAGCCCCUGCAACAGGGUUAGAGGCAGAGAACCCCAGUGGAGAGGGGAACCGGCCUGGCAGAGACAGCAAGGGCUGUUCGUUGCUCCAGCCUUUCCGUUCACCUUCACACUCCUGGGCCAGACUACACUCAAUCAUAUGACCUACUGAAGAGAUAAGUCUUCAGUAAAGACUUAAAGGUUGAGACUGAGUCUGCGUCUCUCACAUGGGUAGGCAGACUGUUCCAUAAAAAUGGAGAUCUAUAGGAGAAAGCCCUGCCUCCCGCUGUUUGCUUAGAAAUUCUAGGGACAAUUAGGAGGCCUGCGUCUUGUGACCGUAGCGUACGUAUUGGUAUGUACGGCAGGACCAACUCGGAAAGAUAGGUAGGAGCAAGCCCAUGUAACGCUUUAUAGGUUAACAGUAAAACCUUGAAAUCAGCCCUUGCCUUAACAGGAAGCCAGUGUAGGGAAGCUAGCACUGGAGUAAUAUGAUCAAAUUUCUUGGUUCUAGUCAGGAUUCUAGCAGCCGUAUUUAGCACUAACUGAAGUUUAUUUAGUGCUUUAUCCGGGUAGCCGGAAAAUAGAGCAUUGCAGUAGUCUAACCUAGAAGUAACAAAUGCAUGGAUUAAUUUUUCUGCAUCAUUUUUGGACAGAAAAUUUCUGAUUUUUGCAAUGUUACGUAGAUGGAAAAAAGCUGUCCUUGAAACAGUCUUGAUAUGUUCGUCAAAAGAGAGAUCAGGGUCAAGAUAGUUUUUUAUAUUUUCCGGGUCAAUGUUGCUGCUACCGUCUCUUAUGACCGAAAAUAACUUCUGGACAUCAGAACAGCUAUUACUCACCUCGAACUGGACAAAUCAUUUUUCUUCAACGAGUCUGACGCGGGCCCGUUUUCUCGGGAACGGGCCCAAAUCCCCGUCAUUUGCGUGAAGAAAAGACAGAGAAAAGGGGGGUGGAGGUCGGGCUACCUUCUGAGAAUUCGUAGGCGAGUGAGUAAACCUCCACUACCAUCCGUUCUAUUGGCCAACGUGCAAUCAUUGGAAAACAAAAUGGAUGAUCUACGAUCAAGAAUAUCCUACGAACGGGACAUUAAAAACUGUAUCUUAUGUUUCACUGAGUCGUGGCUGAACGACGAUACGGAUAAUAUAGAGCUGGCAUUUUCCAUGCAUCAGCAGGACAGAGAAGCUACGUGUGUCUAUUUGUCAAUAACAGCUGGUGCGCGAUGUCUAAUAUUAAAGACGUCUCGAGGUAUUGCUCGCCUGAGGUAGAGUACCUCAUGAUAAGCUGUAGACCACACUAUCUACCAAGAGAGUUCUCAUCUAUAUUAUUCGUAGCCGUCUAUUUACCACCACAAACCGAUGCUGGCACGAAGACCGCACUCAACGAUAUAAGGCCAUAAGCAAACGAGGAAAUGCUCAUCCAGAAGUGGCGCGCCUAGUGGCCGGGGACUUUAAUGCAGGCAAACUUAAAUCAGUUUUACCUAAUUUAUACCAACAUGUCACAUGUGCAAACAGAGGAAAAACAACUCUAGACGUACAUAUCCCAACCAGAAGCCAUGGAUUACAGGCAACAUCUGCAUUGCGCUAAAGGCUAGAGCUGCCGCUUUCAAGGAGCGGGACACUAAUCCGGACGCUUAUAAGAAAUCCUGCUACGCCCUCAGACGAACCAUCAAACAGGCAAAGCGUCAAUACAGGAUUAAGAUUGAAUCCUACUACACCGGCUCUGACAUUUGUCGGAUGUGGCAGGGCUUGAAAACUAUUACGUAAUACAAAGGGAAACCCAGCCGUGAGCUGCCCAGUGACGCGAGCCUACCAGACGAGCUAAAUGCCUUUUAUGCUAGUUUCGAGGCAAGCAACACUGAAGCAUGCAUGAGAGCACCAGCUGUUCUGGACGACUGUGUGAUAACGCUCUCAGUAGCCGAUGUGAGCAAGACCUUUAAACAGGUCAACAUUUACAAAGCCGCGGGGCCAGACGGAUUACCAGGACGUGUACUCAAGGCGCGGACCAAUGAAAUAAUCCCAAAAUUCCAAUCUCGAAGCUAAAUCAAGAGUAUUUCAAAUACUCAUAAUUGUAAGUAGUGUAUUUCUGUGGCUGUGUCUUGUGUUGACAGUUGUUAUUUUGUUUCUCUCUGUCCCGGUCUGUUCAGAUUGUGGAUGUGUUCAUGGAGUAUAACCUGGUCCAGCAGUGUACCUCCUUCCUAUUGGAUGCCCUGAAGAACAACAGGCCUUCUGAGGGGCCGCUACAGACACGCCUCCUGGAGAUGAACCUCAUGCACGCCCCACAGGUUCACCUUAAAUUUAGAUGAGGAUAUGACAAUCAAAAAUCCAAUUGCCCUCAAAGGGAACGUGACUAUAAUUGACAUUCACACUUUAUCACCGUUCCAUGCUUAUCCUUCUCUGUAGGUUGCGGAUGCCAUCCUGGGCAACCAGAUGUUCACCAACUACGACCGUGCCCACAUAGCCCAGCUGUGUGAGAAGGCUGGCCUGCUGCAGAGGGCUCUGGAGCACUACACCGACCUGUACGACAUCAAGCGGGCCGUGGUGCACACACACCUGCUCAACCCAGAGGUAUGAAUCCAACAAACCCUAGUGAACCCUCCUCAAAACCCCCUAUGACAGUAGUAUUCAGGCCAGUCCCCUCUCAUGUGUCAGCUAGUGUAAAAAAACAAACAUAUCACAUUGGUUUCAAUUAACACAGCUAGAUGAACAUGACUGUCAUGUAUUUCUUCAUGACACUAUCUAAUUCUGACCCUACUCUCCUUUUCUCUUGCUCUCUCCCUCUCUCUCACCCCCUCUCUCCCUUCCCCCCCUCCCUCUCCCCCCCCCCCCUCCCUCCCUCUCUCCCCCCCCUCCCUCCCUCUCUCCCCCCCUCCCUCUCCUCUCUCCUCCCUCCUCUCCUCCCUCUCUCUCUCCCCCUCCCUCUCCUCGUCCCUCCUUCCCUCCCCUCCCUCUCUCUCUUCCUCCCCCUCCCUCUCCUCUCUCUCCCCUCCCUUCCUCUCUCCCCUCCCUCUCUUCCUCUCCCUUCCCUCCCUUCCUCUCCUUUCUCUCUCUCUCCUUCCCUCCUUCCUUCCCUCCGUCCCUCCCUUCUCUCUCCCUCCGUCCCUCCCUUCCUCUCUCCGUCCCUCCCUUCCUCUCUCCUCCUUCCCUCCCUCCCUCCCUCUCCUUCCGCCCCCUCCUCGUCCCCUCCCCUCCCUCCCUCCUCUCUCCCCCUCCCUCCCGUCUCCUCCUCCCCUCCCCUUCCUCCCUUCCUCUCCUCCCUCCCUCCCUUCCUCUCUCCCCUCCCUCCCUUCCUCUCUCCCCUUCCCUCCCUUCCUCUCUCCCUUCCCUCCCCUCUCCUCCCCUUCCUCCCUUCCUCUCUCCCUCCCUCCCUUCUCUCUCCUCCCCUUCCCUCCUUCCUCUCUCCCCCUCCCUCCCUUCCUCUCUCCCCUCCCUCCUUCCUCUCUCCCGUCCCUCCCUUCCUCUCUCUCCCUCCUCCUCUCCCCUCCCUCUCCCUCCCGUCCUCCUCCUCUCCUCCGUCCCUCCACCCUUCCUCCUCCCUCCCCUCUCCUGUCCCUCCCUUCCUCUCUCCCCCUUCCCUCCCUUCCUCUCUCCCGUCCCUCCCUUCCUCUCUCUCCCUCCCUCCUCUCUCCCGUUCCCUCCCUUCCUCUCUCCCCGUCCCUCCCUUCCUCUCUCCCCGUCCCUCCCUUCCUCUCUCCCCCUCCGCUCUCUCUCCCCUUCCCUCCCUCCUCUCUCCCCUUCCCUCCCUUCCUCUCUCCCUCCCUCCUCCUCCCUCCCUUUCCUCCCUCUCCCCCUCCCUUCCUCUCUCCCUCCCUUCCCUCCCUUCCUCUCGUCCCUCCCUCCCUCCCUCUCAUCGCCUCUCCCCUCCUCUUCCCUCCCCCCCCCUCCCUUCCUCUCCUUCCCCCCCUCCCUCCCUUCCUCUCUUCUCCCCCUCCCUCCCUCCUCUCUUCUCCCCCUCCCUCCCUUCCUCUCCCACCCCUCCCUCCCUUCCUCUCCCCCCUCCCUCCCUUCCUCCCCCCUCUCCCGGCCUCCCUUCCUCUCUCUCCUCCCUCCCUCCCUCCCUCCUCCUCCCCCAACCUCCCUUCCUCUCUCUCCCCCCCCCCCCCUUCCCUCUCUCUCUCUCUCCCCCCCUCCCACCCUUCCUCUCUCCUCUCUUCCUCCCCUUAGUGGCUGGUGAAUUUCUUUGGCUCCCUCUCAGUGGAGGACUCUCUAGAGUGCCUGAGGGCCAUGUUGUCUGCCAACAUCCGUCAGAACCUGCAGAUCUGUGUCCAGGUGGCCUCCAAGUACCACGAGCAGCUCUCCACCAACUCCCUAACCGAGCUCUUUGAGUCCUUCAAAAGCUUUGAGGGUGCGUCAUACAGCCACACACACUAUUCUAUACUUCCCUUUGACAGGGUUCGAGAUUGUGACCAAAACACUUGCAUUUGUGACCCUUUGACUUAGCAGUGCGACCAAUUUUUUUACAGGUCGCUAGGGUGGCAGUAAACAUUUUUUUGCUGGUCACGUUCGUUUUUGGUUCACAAUUUGCUUUUAUUUUGUAAUUAUCUAGAUUUAUUCAAACAACAAUGGGUAUGAAAAACAGGUAUUCAAAAAGUUGGGUCUGAAGUCUUGGUUGAAUCUUUGCGAUGCGCAAUUCAGUCAUCAUGUGCUGUUUGAAUGUUUAUUUUUUUAAAGGCUUUACAUUUUAGUCAUUUAGCAGUCGCUCUUAUCCAGAGCGACUUACAGUUAGUGAGUGCAUAAAAUGUUAUUUUUUUCAUACUGGCCCCCCGUGGGAAAUGAACCCACAAACUUUCCCAAAACAACUUCAUAAUUAAAUGUUGACUGCAAAGUAGGUCUACCUGGCAGAAUUAUAUAAUGAUGAUUUUUAUCAAUCGCGGGGUAUUUGUUUUGCAUACUCUGCCAUCACAUGUAGCCUACACUAUACAUUGUACAGUACAAAAACACAGCUAACCAAACACAAUGGUCUCUUGCUAGGUGUGCAAUUGAAUUAAAGGGGAACUACACCCUCCACAUAAAAAUAAUUUAAAAGUAUUAUUCCCAGACCUCAGAAGUGGUCUCCUGAUGUGGUUUUAAGCAUUGUUGUGGAACAUUUAAAAACAUCUAUAAAGUGUGAUUUUGAGUGAAAACCUACAACCUGGAAAAAUGAAAACGGAAUUUACCAAAAGAUCAAUCUGAUUUUAUAGGGCCCGACAACUGUAGACUGGCAAAUGUACCUGAAUGUCAAGCCCUGCAAGGGAAUGCUAAUUUAAAAGAUGGCUAGUCAUUAUUAGCCUGGUUCUGUAUGGAAUGCAGGUACAUUAUGGGACGCAGGUCAGGUCAAACAUUGGUGUGACCAAAUCAUGUGCUGGUGCCACCAGUGGAAAACGUUAGUCUAGAAUCCUGUUGGAUCACUCUCUCUUUCAGCCAUGUGCCCUGUAAUCAGCUAAGUAGGCCAGAGGCAGCAGAAUGGUUGAUGGGCUCAGUAGAAUGGCCUGUAGGCCCAGGGUAGACUACAGACGACGAGGUGCCCAAUCAUAAUGGAUCUACAGCGCAAUAAACGAAGUGAGAGAAAGCCACUGUUUUCAAUUGUCCAAAUAACUCUUGCAAAACAAACAUGGUGGAAAGUGUUUGUGAUUUUGGCAAAUGGCGUUGUCCCUAAGAAGUACAAGUGUUUUAUCUUCAUCAGCUAAUUCUCAAAGAAUGUUGUUUUUGUUAUUAUAGCCUGAAGUGUGAUGUACAUUUAAUCAAACAAGGGGCAAUGAGAUGGUGACAGUAGCCGUCCACUCCGGUCUCUUGGGGUGCAGUAGUUGCCCUAUCGUAAUCACUGUUCUAUUUUCCCAGCAAUGGUUUUACUAUUGAACAUGUCCUGACAUGUGACUGACAUGUUCUCUGGUACUGUAUUUCCUCUUGACUGACAUUGUCUCUAUGGUGAUGCUUUGUCCCAGGUCUGUUCUACUUCCUGGGUUCCAUCGUUAACUUCAGCCAGGACGCAGAGGUCCACUUCAAGUACAUACAGGCAGCCUGCAAGACGGGACAGAUCAAAGAGGUGGAGAGGAUCUGCAGAGAGAGCAACUGCUACGACCCAGAACGAGUCAAGAACUUCCUCAAGGUAAAAGAUGGAGGUAGGGAGGGAGACGGGAAGAAGGUAUCUAGAGGGAGGUGAAAUGCAACUGACUGAAGAUGUACUCUCCCUUUUUGUUUUGCUUUUCUUUCUCUUUCGAUCUUUCUUAAGUUUAACUUUAUUCUACUCUUUCAUUUUCUCUCUCUCUCUCUCUCUCUCUUUCUUAAAAUUUAGAAAUGACGUUGAAAUGAAAUUACAAAACUUCUGUCAAUCCUAUUAAUAUGCAUAUCGACCUGCUAACACUAGCGUUUGUGAAACGCUUAAAUGUUUCUUUCAUUGGUAAGAAGUGUUCCUCAAUCAACUGAUGGCGGUUAUUAUCUCUUGUGCUUUUCCCUGUUGUCUAUGGAAUGGCAGGACAUGUACCAGGUAUAUCUAUCCCCAAGUACAGGACUCCCAUAUCCCUGAUUAAACCUGGGAUAUGUAUUACAAGUAUAAUGACACAACCCGCCGCUGUACUAGGUCUGGGCGAUAUGGCCUAAAAAUCAUAUCUCUAUUAUAUUUUUUAAACAUAUGGGCGAUUCACGAUAAACACUACAUGGUCAAAAGUAUGUGGACACCUGCUCGUUGAACAUCUCAUUCCAAAAUCAUGGGCAUUAAUAUGGAGUUGGUCCCCCUUUGCUGCUAUAACAGUCUUCACUCUUCUGGUAAGGCUUUCCACUAAAUGUUGGAACAUUGCUGCGUGGACUUGCUUCCAUUCAGCCACGAGCAUUAGUGAGGUCGGGCACUGAUGUUGGGUGAUUAGGCCUGUCUCACAGUCGGCGUUCCAAUUCAUCCCAAAGGUGUUCGAUGGGGUUGAGGUCAGGGCUCUGUGCAGGCCAGUCAAGUUCUUCCACACCAAUCUCAACAAACCAUUUCUGUAUGGACCUCGCUUUGUGCAGCACGGGGGCACAUUGUCAUGCUGAAACAAGAAAAGGCCUUGCCCAAACUGUUGCUACAAAGUUGGAAGCACAGAAUCGUCUAGAAUGCCAUUGUAUGCUGUAACUUUAAGAUUUCCCUUCACUGGAACUAAGGGGCCUAGCCCGAACCAUGAAAAACGGCCCCAGACUAGUAUUACAAACUAAAGUUUGGCACUAUGCAUUGGGGCAGGUAGCGUUCUCCUGGCAUCCACCAAUCCCAGAUUCGUCCGUCGGACUGACAGAUGGUGAAGCGUGAUUCAUCACUCCAGAGAACGCGUUUCCAUUGCUCCAGAGUCCAAUGGUGGCGAGCUUUACACCACUCCAGCCGACGCUUGGCAUUGCGCAUGGUGAUCUUAGGCUUGUGUGCGGUUGCUCGGCCAUUGAAACCAAUUCAUGAAGCUCCCAACGAACAGUUAUUGUGCUGACGUUGCUUCCAGAGGCUGUUUGGAACUCUGUAGUGAGUGUUGCAACCGAGGACAGACUAUUUUUAUGCGCUUCAGUGGUCCCGUUCUGUGAGCUUGUGUGGCCUACCACUUCGCGGCUGAGCCGUUGUUGCUCCUCCACGUUUCCACUUCACAAUAACAGCUCUUACAGUCCUAGCAAGGCAGAAAUUUGACGAACUGACUUGUUGGAAAGGUGGCAUCCUAUGACGGUGCCAUGUUGAAAGUUACUGAGCUCUUCAGUACGGGCCAUUCUACUGUCAAUGUUUGUCUAUGGAGAUUGCAUGGCUGUGUGCUCGACAUUAUACAUCUGUCAGCAACGGGUGUGGCUGAAGUAGCCGAAUCCACUAAUUUGAAGGGGUGCCCACAUACUUUUGGCCAUGUAGUGUAUCUGGAUUUUUGUUCUCUAAAUAAGCUUUGUUGCACAAUUAAAGGUCAAUAAACUGCAUGCAAAAUUAUACCUAGGCUAAAUAUAAGACUUCCACAACCAUAAACCGACUAAUAAUAUUAUUUUAUCAAAGUAGAGUUUAACCUGCUUUUUUGCAAUAAUCUGGCUUUCAAGUCUGUCGAUGAAAUAUAUAUAUGUAUAUUUUUACAACUUUAACCAGAACAAUGCACCUCCACUAAUAAUGACUAACUUCUUGUAGCAGGCAUUAUAGAAAAUUAACACAGGUCUCAUAAACAAUCUCUCAAGCACAAGCUCACAUGCUAGUGAUCACAUGCUAGUGAAUAGCCAGCUUAUCUUUAUAUUUAAAGUGUAGCCAACUUGGAGCUAUUUGCUUGUUAACAAGUUAGAAAGAACAGUUGAACUGUUAUGAAUACAACCUCCUGUCCUUCUCCAACUGUUUGAACAACAUAGCUUGUUCACUUUGUUUAGAUAUUGAAAUCAAGUGGCCAACCUGGAUAAGAAGAUGCUUAGGCUAUUGUCAAAGUCGCGUCAAUUCAAAUCUGGUAUUAGGAACAAAAGAGGUCAACACGACUUCUAAGAUAUACUAGUUAUUUUAAUUAAUGCAAAAACCUUCAAUGGUAAAUAUGAUGUUUCGUAUAUACGGGCUCUCUGAGAUACCUCGCAGGACACCCCAGAGAACUAAAUCCAUUGUUUCAGAUUGUUGCUCAAAUACUCUGACAGAGAAAGUUUCCCACUUCUCUGCUGGCCAAUCAGAGUAAAGAACUGAGUGUGGUUUAAACUUUACUCAGUUGGUUCAGGGGUUGGUCUCAUCUCCUCGGCGCCAUUUGUUGCACACUUCAGCCAGGCACAAGUUUAUCAUAACAACCUAUCAUAGUGAGAAGAGCCAGCUCCCUUAGACAUCAUUCCUACGUCCAAGGAAGGCUCACAGAUCACAAAGAACUAGUAUAGUCUAGCAUUUGAAGACACAAUCCUUAUCUCAUUUUACCCCCUAAAACAGCUCUUCACAUCAAUCACAGCCUGCCAGGUGUCACAGCCUACAUUAGCCCAGUCAAGAAUGCAUUCUUUCUAAGUUAGUCAUCCCAUCAAUUUAGGAGAAUAAUAAAUCCCCAAUACUAUUUCUCAGAAUGAGAACGAGUUGCCAAUUGCUUAUUGCACAUUUAUAAAACCGACUAGACAGCUAGCACAUGGGUCUGUGGCUAAAAUGCUGCUAGCUGUACCGCAAUGCCACACGUGACUAACAAUCAUGUUCAUUGAUACACUAGUUUUAGUAGGGUCUCUGUUCUACAUUUUGGGAGUUGAGACGUGAAAACGGUAUCGUUAGAAAGGUUAAGGUCUCGUUUAUUACAGUAAAACAAUGUCUAAGGGUUUCGGUGUUCGUAUAACCGAUUCUGUUGGACCAACCCUCGAAUCCAAAUAGUGAGGUUAAACUGCUUGUUGUCAGAGGAAGACGUUAUCUUACAAAUACAAAUCUUCGUCUUUAUUGUGAGUGGCAGGGGGAGGGGCUUGGCGUAUGUGCGAGUGGGAAGGUGCACAGCGAGACAAGACCAAAAAGACAGAACGCUCAUGAAUAUAUAAUUUGAUAUAUCGCCCAGCCCUACGCUGUACCCAAAAACCAUACACCCACGAUGGGGUGCACCACACUAUAGUCUGUCUGUUCAAACAAGUCCAAAACCCGUAGUUUGAUAGAUAGCUGAGCUACUUGCUAGAAGGUGUUGUGUGAGUGUUCUUUAGUUUUGUAUUUGUGACUGUGCAUAGCUAGCUGUAAUCUGAGCUGUAGUCAAAUUAGGUUGUUAUCCGUAUGGAAAGUCUAUCCAGCACAAGCAUGGCUAUAUGUUCUACUGGUGGUGGAUUUGAAUUUGUUUACCUCUGUGGAUAGAUUAAGAAACUAAAUGCACAUACUGUAUCAGUCUCCAAGGCUGUACAGGGGGAGCCAAUGGACCUCAAAAGUAGUGCACUACAUAGAGAAUAGGGUGCUAUUUGGGCAGCAGCCAUUGUUUUCAACAACAUGCUCUAGAUGUCUUCAAAUCCAGUCUUUAUGGUUGCUGCCCCUAGGAGUAUAAGUCUGAGAGUUUAACAAUCCCAUGGUAUUAUGUCUUGUUCAAAACAACUGGGAACUCUUAAAUUUGGAAAUCUCAGACUUCCAACUUCAGUGCAUUCAUUAUAACUGGGAAAUCUGGGGGCAGGGACGAGCUCCGACUGGGAAAAAUAGUUUUGACCGGUCAUCCAACUCGGAAUUCAAAGUCGGAAACUCAGGUGUCUUUCUAGAGCUCCGACUUUCCGAUCUGAAGAUCACUGACGUCAUGAAGCACCAUAGAUCCUGUAGUGUGUUGAUGGCAGUCACCCAGUGAUGACACACACACACUGUAUGGAGAGUCUAGUCUGGCAGUGUGUGGCAGUACCUCAGUAGUACCUGCAGAUGGAGACCUAGGUUUGUGUACAUAUGUGAUUGAUCCUUACAAUAGGGUUUUCUUGUUUCUCUCCUUUUGUCUUUCUUUUCUUCUCUGUCCACUCAGUCGUAGUAAACAAAAUGUUUUCAGUACUUAACCAUCUUCUAACCUCUCAAAAUGUGAUGCCUCCCGUUUGUUGUUGUAGUUACGUAUUUUUCAUGAUAUUGUCUAAUUUUCAAAUCACUCGAGCAGGAUCGUUUAAACUGGAAAAUAACUUCCCAAUUUCAUUUUAAGUGAUUCUAAUAUUUUAUCAUUGUACAUUAGUGGUUGUAUAAACCCAACAAGAUUAGUCAAACUUCAAGCUCGGAUUUUAACAUUGAACCGCUUGCUAUUUUUUUUGCUUUCUUAAAAACAUCUAUACAUACAGGAACUAAAAACAAAAAACACUCAAAGCUUCAACACUAGCCAUUACGAUCAUAAACUCAGCAAAAAAAGAAACGUCCUCUCACUGUCAACUGCGUUUACUUUCAGCAAACUUAACAUGUGUAAAUAUUUAUAAGAUUCAACAACUGAGACAUAAACUGAACAAGUUCCAUAGACAUGUGACUAACAUAAAUUGAAUAAUGUGUCCCUGAACAAAGGGGGGGAUCAAAAUCAAAAGUAACAGUCAGUAUCUGGUGUGGCCACCAGCUGCAUGGACUGCACCAGAUUUGCCAGUUCUUGCUGUGAGAUGUUACCCCACUCUUCCACCAAGGCACCUGCAAGUUCCCAGACAUUUCUGGUGGAGAAUGGCCCUAGCCCUCACCCUCCGAUCCAACAGGUCCCAGACGUGCUCAAUGGGAUUGAGAUCCGGGCUCUUCGCUGGCUAUGGCAGAACACUGACAUUCCUGUCUUGCAGGAAAUCACGCACAGAACGAGCAGUAUGGCUGGUGGCAUUGUCAUGCUGGAGGGUCAUGUCAGGAUGAGCCUGCAGGAAGGGUACCACAUGAGGGAGGAGGAUGUCUUCCCUGUAACGCACAGCGUUGAGAUUGCCUGCAAUGACAACAAGCUCAGUCCGAUGAUGCUGUGACACACCGCCCCAGACCAUGACGGACCCUCCACCUCCAAAUCGAUCCCGCUCGAGAGUACAGGCCUCGGUGUAACGUGCAUUCCUUUGACGAUAAACGUGAAUCCGACCAUCACCCCUGGUGAGACAAAACCACGACUCGUCAGUGAAGAGCACUUUUUGCCAGUCCUGUCUGGUCCAGCGACGGUGGGUUUGUGCCCAUAGGCGACGUUGUUGCCGGUGAUGUCUGGUGAGGACCUGCCUUACAGCAGGCCUACAAGCCCUCAGUCCAGCCUCUCUCAGCCUAUUGCGGACAGUCUGAGCACUGAUGGAGGGAUUGUGCGUUCCUGGUGUAACUCGGGCAGUUGUUGUUGCCAUCCUGUACUGCAGGUGUGAUGUUCGGAUGUACCGAUCCUGUGCAGGUGUUGCUACACAUGGUCUGCCACUGCGAGGAUGAUCAGCUGUCCGUCCUGUCUCCCUGUAGCGCUGUCUUAGGCAUCUUUCUUUUGGUGUUUUUCAGAGUCAGUAGAAAGUCCUCUUUAGUGUCCUAAGUUUUCAUAACUGUGACCGUCUGUAAGCUGUUAGUGUCUUAACGACCGUUCCACAGGUGCAUGUUCAUUAAUUGUUUAUGGUUAAUUGAACAAGCAUGGGAAACAGUGUUUAAACCCUUUACAAUGAAGAUCUGUGAAGUUAUUUUGAUUUUUACGAAUUAUCUUUGAAAGACAGGGUCCUGAAAAGGGGACGUUUAUUUUUUUUGAUGAGUUUAUAUAGCCUGUGAAUUCUCUGUGGUUAAAGCGUGUCAGGUUUGGCUGUGAUCAUUGGUGGGCUGUGAUCAGGUGCACCGUCUCAUAACAAUGAUGUCAAACUAACCUUGGCCCCUCCCCCUGCUCUGUGAUUGGACAGGAGGCCAAGCUGACCGACCAGCUUCCGCUCAUCAUCGUGUGUGACCGCUUCGACUUUGUCCACGACCUGGUCCUCUACCUGUACCGCAACAACCUGCAGAAAUACAUUGAGAUCUACGUGCAGAAAGUAAGUCAAACACAAACUCACACACUAGCAAGCAUCUACGAGACAAUACUUGUCUACGUUUACAAAAUCUACCAACUUUCAAACUUGAUAUUCUAAGUUUCUAACUACAGAAACUAUAUACAUAUUUAGUGUCAUGUUCGCACAGACUCAAAAAACACCCCCACACUCAAAAUGCAGUGUCCAGGAAUGUGUGUACAGGAUAUUGACGUGUGUGUAUUAGGUGAACCCCAGCCGUCUGCCGGUGGUGAUAGGAGGGCUUCUGGACGUGGACUGUUCUGAGGACGUCAUUAAGAGUCUGAUCCUGGUGGUCAGAGGACAGUUCUCCACUGACGAACUGGUGGCCGAGGUGGAAAAGAGGAACAGGUACAGCAACCCCAUUCUCACCAGAUGGCAAAAAAUAACUACUAGUUAGAGGGGUGAAAUAUAGUUAAAUGGCUUAUUAUUAUUAUUAUUAUUAUUAUUAUUAUUAUAAAUAUAGUUGAUAGUAGCUGGUGAAUCAGCCCCAAGCCCCCAGCCUCUUCAAACACCAGGGUGUCAAGAACAACAGUGUCUUUACUAUAACUUAGUCUUUAAUAUACUAGCUGUGCUAUCUGCAUCAUUAGUAGUCAGCAGGCUCAUCUCUCUCUCUCUCUUUCUCUCUCCCCUCCUUUUCCUCAGACUGAAGCUUCUCCUGCCCUGGCUGGAGGCCCGUAUCCAUGAGGGCUGUGAGGAGCCCGCUACCCACAAUGCCCUGGCCAAGAUCUACAUCGACAGUAACAACAACCCUGAGCGCUUCCUGCGUGAGAACCCCUACUACGACAGCCGUGUGGUGGGCAAGUACUGCGAGAAGAGGGACCCCCACCUGGCCUGCGUGGCCUACGAGAGAGGACAGUGUGACCAGGAACUCAUCAACGUCAGUAGCCUAUUCUUCUUCUCCUCUUCCUCUUCUUAUAGGAAAUAGUUUCAUAUAUCAUUUAAUUUUUUACAAAAAAGCACUGUGAUAAAUGUAAAUUGAAAUUCUCUACAUUGUUAUGCAUGAUUUUAACCGACAUUCUUUGCUUAAAACAGCAAUACUGGGAAUAGCCUACAUAUUAGGUUAUUUCAGAAUGUGAGGUGAUAGCCUGGUGGAGUAACUGUGUUCUCUCUGUUUUCUCUCAGGUGUGCAAUGAGAACUCCCUGUUCAAGAGUCUGUCUCGCUACCUGGUACGUCGCAGGGACCCGGACCUGUGGGCCAGCGUGCUGCUGGAGACCAACCCCUUCAGAAGACCACUCAUCGACCAGGUGGGACCCCACCUUUCUGUUACCCCUGUGCCAGCUCUGAACCAGGGUUGAGGUUGAUUUCAUGUUCAAUUUAUGAAUUGUAAAUUGCCCUAAAUUUUCUAUGAGGAUUUUUCAGUUAAUUAAUUGAAUUUCAGUUCACUUCUUCAAUUGACUCAAUUGAGAGUGGAAUUGAGCCGAACCCUACUGUAAACAAUAAAGGAGUUUGAGGUUCAUGCAUCUCCUCAUGACCCUGUCUAAAUCUAUUUUUCCCUCCCUGUCAGGUGGUGCAGACCGCCCUGUCUGAGACUCAGGACCCAGAGGAGGUGUCAGUCACAGUCAAGGCCUUCAUGACUGCAGACCUGCCCAACGAACUCAUUGAGCUGCUGGAGAAGAUCGUACUGGAUAACUCAGUCUUCAGUGAACACAGGUAACAGAGCUCUUAGCGCUCUGAUACCUGUGCUCACUGUAGGCUGGGCUGUCCAUUGUGUGUCUUCUCUCUCGUUCACUUCCGCCAUCUUUGUUAUACUUUUCCAAAUCAAUCAAAUCCAACUUUAUUUAAAGUACAUUUUAAAAUCGCAACACACUUUACUGUAAAUGUAAACUUUACACAUACAAUUGCUGAACUUCACUACGGUGAAUUCCGGGAUGGUGCGUGAUUAUUUGGUGUUUUUGUGUGUCAAUGCUGAGGAUAGUUUGUGUGUUGAUCCAGAAACCUGCAGAACCUGCUGAUCCUGACAGCCAUCAAGGCGGACCGUACCCGUGUGAUGGAGUACAUCAACCGCUUGGAUAAUUAUGACGCUCCAGACAUCGCCAACAUCGCCAUCAGCAACGAGCUCUUCGAGGAGGCAUUCGCUAUCUUCAAGAAGUUUGACGUCAACACUUCGGCCGUGCAGGUGAGAGAUGAACCCUAACCCCCCACAAACGCCAUGGAGUAAUCAUAUCACCCUUUUCUAUCUCUCUAUUACCUUCAGUAUCACUGAUCUGAAAUUAUCGGACUGGUAAAAUAAACCUGGUUGAAGGUCUGGAGACCUAUCCAGUCCCUUCUCCUAUCCAGUCCUAGCAGUGGUCAUAAAGGAAGGGUGGGGUUGGGGGUAUGGGAGGUUGGGGGUAUGGGAUGGGAUGGGAGGUUGGGGGUAAGGGAUGGGAGGUUGGGGUGGAGGUCUGCUUCUUUUUUUGUUUACUUUUCCUGUUCAUACUGAAUUUAUUAUUACUUCAACUGUAUGUAUUUCAGUUUCUUUUUUGUUCUUUUGAGUGGCAGCCUACAGGUACAUGUAAAUAGAUAAUGUACCUGUAACCCCGCCCCCCAACAAGAAAUUACUAAACAAAUAAAAACACGUGGUAAAAAAAUCUCUAAUAAAGGAAAGGUGGUGAGAAGAGAAGCUAGUCAACAUGAUUAACACACACCGUCUGACUUCCUGUCAUGGUGUGAUGUUGACUCCCCUGUUGUCUCUCCUCCCCAGGUUCUGAUUGAGCACAUUGGGAACCUGGACCGGGCCUAUGAGUUUGCCGAGCGUUGCAACGAGCCGGCCGUGUGGAGCCAGCUGGCCAAGGCUCAGCUGCAGAAGGGCCUGGUCAAGGAGGCCAUCGACUCCUACAUCAAGGCUGACGACCCCUCUGCCUACAUGGAGGUGGUACAGGCCGCGGACCAGAGUGGUAAGGAUUGUGGGGCAGACCAUUGUUGAGAUAGGGGGUGGCAGGGUGGGUAUUAGAAUGGGUAAAAUCACCCAAAGUCAGUGAAUACAGUCUGGGAAAUGUCCAGCUGUUUUUGGUGACUUUCUGUAAUCAUCAGCGGCUCACUGACUGACCUCAGGAUCCAAGGUACUGUAGCCUCCCAGCCUCUCUUAACUGACUAAUGGUUGUUCUGGUGUGUGUUAGGUAACUGGGAGGACCUGGUGAAGUUCCUUCAGAUGGCUCGUAAAAAGGCCCGUGAGUCCUAUGUGGAGACAGAGCUCAUCUUCGCCCUGGCCAAGACCAACCGUCUGGCUGAGCUGGAGGAGUUCAUCAACGGACCCAACAACGCCCACAUCCAACAGGUACUGUAGACCAAAAUUAAUACAACAGGUACUGUACCUAAUAACCUGGCCACUGAGGGUAUGUAUUGACUAGAUGACUGACGGGGGGGGAGUUCAUACAAUACUAUGUGUUGUAAAAAAAAAAAAGUAUGUAUUAGUGUCUAAUGAAAAAAAUACGUAUUUAUCUUCCAAAACCUAACCUGUAGCUGUUGAAAUGUAAACAUGUAGCUCACCUCUCUACACUACAAAGCAACACAGGGUGCGUUCGUAAAUUCACUCUGCCAUCUACUCCGAUUUCAGAGCACUCUCAUCUGAGUGUGCCAUAGCGCAGAAUAACUGAUUAAUUUAUGAACGCUCAACACCCGUUGAAUAUGGCCGGUGUCUGUAAACGUCGGCAAAAAAGCGUAAUAAAAUUGUUGCCAGCAGUACAGUUACAGUCACCAACGCUCUGGAUAACAUGAAAACAGCCUAACCAGCUCUGCAAGGGCGAGUAAAAUGAUCUGAAUGAGCUGUUCUCUCAUUUGUGUCUGGAAGUAGCUAGCAAGCUAGCCAACGUUAGCCAGUUAGCUCGGGUGCUUGACUGCCGUUGAGGUCAGAACACUCGGAUCAACCCUACUCCUUGGCCAGAGCGUCCACUGUGCGCUCUGAACGCUCCGAGAGCAAAACACUCUGAAUUUACGAAACGCCCAGAGCGCACUCUGGCACUCCAGAUUGAAUUUACAAAAGCACCCACAAUGUCGAUUGUAUAAUGUUAAGCUGGAGAAGUUAAUCCAUGAUCCCAUAAUAAUGUUUUCAAUAUUGCUGACCAAUUUAAGAUCAAUCUGAUGUAAAGUUACUCCCCCAUGAAGCCAGUAAAAAGAAGUUGCAAUAGACUCAAUAUCAAUAAAUGACUCUUAGUACAAUAAACCUAAGAACUGAUUCACUCAUAGACUGUAAAAAACACUGGGUUCACUAGUGGCCUUUUUGUAUACAUUAUGUCAUGUAGGUACUAGGCUGGCUGCUAGCUUUAACUACAUUCAUUGUCAAUGCACUAUAUUUGUUCAACAGUUGUGAAAGGACUAUUAGAAAAUCCAUAACAACAGCAGUUCAAUUGUACACAUACAAUACACAGACAUUUGCUUACAAGCGUUGCUAUGGUUACACAGUACCACAAGCUGUCAGGAGCAGUCGGUCUCUCAAAGUAGACCAAAAAGUACAUUUUCUACGCAAAACAUUUUGGUACUUACAUAUGAAAUGUCUUCCCACAUCCCUUGAAUUGGUGCUGGCUGCAUCCAUAUGCCGCACAUUGUGACGUUGUUGACAAGUUGGCCAUUUUAAUGUGGGGUGUAUCAUUUUUCCUUGAUUUACUUCCAUUAAUCAAAGCCCCAAAAGGAGGAGUAUGAUAAUCGUGGCUUGAAAGGCUCUUAUUGGCCAAGACCUAGCAUCACUUAUCCAGGGUUUGUAUACGUCAUUGCAUCCAACUGGUACUGUAGACCAAAUUGCAUACAACAGGUACUGUUACUAUAGGCCAGACUGCAUACAACAGGUACUGUUACUAUAGGCCAGACUGCAUACAACAGGUACUGUUACUAUAGGCCAGACUGCAUACAACAGGUACUGUUACUAUUGGCCAGACUGCAUACAACAGGUACUGUUACUAUAGGCCAGACUGCAUACAACAGGUACUGUUACUAUAGGCCAGACUGCAUACAACAGGUACUGUUACUAUUGGCCAGACUGCAUACAACAGGUACUGUUACUAUAGGCCAGACUGCAUACAACAGGUACUGUUACUGUAGACCAAAUUGCAUACAACAGGUACUGUUACUAUAGGCCAGACUGCAUACAACAGGUACUGUUACUAUAGGCCAGACUGCAUACAACAGGUACUGUUACUAUAGGCCAGACUGCAUACAACAGGUACUGUUACUAUUGGCCAGACUGCAUACAACAGGUACUGUUACUAUAGGCCAGACUGCAUACAACAGGUACUGUUACUAUAGGCCAGACUGCAUACAACAGGUACUGUUACUGUAGACCAGACUGCAUACAACAGGUACUGUUACUAUAGGCCAGACUGCAUACAACAGGUACUGUUACUAUUGGCCAGACUGCAUACAACAGGUACUGUUACUAUAGGCCAGACUGCAUACAACAGGUACUGUUACUAUAGGCCAGACUGCAUACAACAGGUACUGUUACUAUUGGCCAGACUGCAUACAACAGGUACUGUUACUAUAGGCCAGACUGCAUACAACAGGUACUGUUACUGUAGGCCAGACUGAUAUAUUAAACAGUACAGGUUGUUGUAUUCAAAGUCAAUGGGAAAUAUAAACGGCGGUGUGAUUUUUCGCUCCUAGUUCACCAGGAAGUGUUUUCGAAUCUUAACCAGGACAUUAUUUUCUGUUUUCCCAAACAACUCCUUAUGUAAGAUGUUGAUUGACAUUCAUACGAUUCUCCUCUCACCGAAGGUCGGCGACCGCUGUUACGAUGAGAAAAUGUACGAUGCGGCCAAGUUACUGUACAACAACGUGUCCAACUUCGGCCGCCUGGCGUCCACCCUGGUUCAUCUCGGGGAGUACCAGGCGGCGGUAGACGGGGCGCGCAAGGCCAACAGCACUAGGACCUGGAAGGAAGUGUGCUUCGCCUGCGUGGACGGAGAGGAGUUCCGGCUGGCCCAGAUGUGUGGCCUCCAUAUCGUGGUGCAUGCUGACGAACUGGAGGAACUCAUCAACUACUACCAGGUAAGACUGAUGCACACACACACACGACCCACUCGAUCUCGAUGCACCUUAUCCUCCUUGCUGCUAGAUGCUGUCAAGGUUAUAUGUUUGUAUUAAAUUGGAGUUUUCAGUCUAGUCAACUUGAAAAGUUCUCAUUUUGUCCACCUCUCUCCACACACUCUCUCUCUCUCCAAUCACAUUUGGUGCUUUAGAACCUCUUAAUGCUUUACCUCUACAAACUCAUGACCCCCUUUAACAAAUCCCCCCCUCUCCCUGUAUGUUCAGGACCGUGCUUACUUUGAGGAGCUGAUCACCAUGCUGGAGGCAGCCCUGGGGCUGGAGCGGGCUCACAUGGGUAUGUUCACCGAGCUGGCCAUCCUCUACUCCAAAUUCAAACCCCAGAAGAUGAGGGAGCACCUGGAGCUCUUCUGGUCCAGAGUCAACAUUCCAAAGGUUCUGCGGGCGGCAGAGCAGGCCCACUUGUGGGCGGAGCUGGUGUUCCUGUACGAUAAGUACGAGGAGUUUGACAAUGCCAUAAUCACCAUGAUGAACCACCCCACAGACGCCUGGAAGGAGGGCCAGUUCAAAGACAUUAUCACCAAGGUACCAGUCAUUGCUGUAUAGGAUCUAUAAUGACAAAGCUCGACUUAAUGUGAUAUUGUUCAGUGUUUCUUUAAAGUACAUUGAAACAUCUCAAUACACUUACAAUUAUAAAACAAUAAAGGACAUCAACAAUAGAUGACAAACAAUAAUUUCAAAAGUAAAAUGUUAAAAUUGGACAUACGCAUUGGCUUCUCUUCACAAUACUUUCAUACAUGACAAUCUCCCCCUUACUCUCUUUCCUGUGACUGUGUAGGUGGCCAACGUGGAGCUGUAUUACAAAGCCACUCAGUUCUAUUUGGAGUUCAAGCCUUUGUUACUGAAUGACCUGCUCAUAGUGCUGUCCCCCAGACUGGACCACUCCCGUGCCGUCAACUUCUUCAGCAAGGUGAGACAAGCUCUCUUUCCCCCCUAUCUGCCAACACAGGAAACUGAAGCAUUGAUACCUGUUAUAGUAGUUAUUCUAAGACUGUGAAGCUAUGUAUUUGUAUCUACAGUGCACUCUGCUUAUAGUGAAUGCAGUUCUAGUAAUCAACGGUGUGUGUGUGUGUGUGUGUGUGUGUGUCCAGGUGAAACAGCUGCCCCUGGUCAAGCCCUACCUGCGCUCAGUACAGAACCACAACAACAAGUCUAUCAAUGAAGCACUUAGCAACCUCUUCAUCACAGAGGAGGACUAUCAGGUUUGUGGUCAAUGUUUUUGUUGGUUGUUACAUUGUCAUACAAGUAAGACAUUAGACACAUUUUCCAUUGAAUUAUUUUUCAUCCUCGACUAGGCUUAAAGGGAUACUUCAGGAUUUUGGCAAUUAGGCCCUUUAUCUACUUCCCCAGAGUCAGAUGAACUCGUGGAUACCAUUUGUAUGUCUCUUCGUGCAGGUUGAAGGAAGUUGCUAACUAACGUUAGCGCAAUUGCUAACUAGUGUUAGCUCAAUGACUAAGUCUAGGGUAACUGCUAGCAUGCUAGUAGAUGCCAUAGACUUCCAGUUAUUGUGCUAACGCUAGUUAAUAUUGGCUCGUAAAACUACCUCUUAACUUCCAUCAUAAUGGAUGCAGAGACAUAAAAAUGGUAUCCAUGAGUUCAUCUGACUAUGGGGAAGUAGAUAAAGGGCUUUAUUGCCAAAAUAAGUAUCCCUUUAAUCUGGGUUUGGGAUACUGGCCCUAUAUACAGUAUGACAUUUCUAUUACCUUGUUUACAUGAAAACAAAGUGUUUUUUUACCUCACUGAACAAUGAAGUUACUCCUUCCUCAUCCUUUCUUCCCUCUCUCCAUGGUCUCAGGCUCUGAGGACGUCUAUAGAUGCCUAUGACAACUUUGACAACAUCUCGCUGGCCCAGCGCUUGGAGAAACAUGAGCUGAUCGAGUUCAGGAGAAUCGCUGCGUACCUCUUCAAGGGUAACAACCGCUGGAAACAGAGUGUGGAACUCUGCAAGAAGGACAAACUCUACAAGGUAACUCAUUCAUUCCCUUCUCCUUACCAAGGCAUGUUUCUCCUUGGACUGCCAUUCACUGGGGAAAGUGCCAUUAUAUUGUCAUUGAACGUAAUUUUUUAGGAGAGAGAGGUGGAUAAUGGGAAGUGUAGUAUUUUGCCAUUUUUUCUGGUAAGGUUAGUGUGUAAGCGUAGGGUUCGGGGUUAAGAUGAUUGUUGGUGUACUUUGUUGCAAAUCAGAUAAAUUCCCUAUGGGAUAUUAAAGUAUUCCAUAGGUGGAAGAAGUCCUAUACUUUCUAGGCAUUACUAGAUUGCACCACACCUGCCACUUUGUCUUGGUAUCUACCUUCCCCUCUAACACAUCAAGCAUCACGUCACCCCUCCUGAUCUUGAACCUCCUCCUCAUAGUUCCCAUCUUCCUCCAGGAUGCCAUGCAGUACGCGUCAGAGUCCAAGGACACGGAGCUGGCUGAGGAGCUGCUGGGCUGGUUCCUGAUGGAGGACAAGAAGGAGUGCUUUGCCGCCUGCCUUUUCACCUGCUACGACCUUCUGAGGCCAGAUGUGGUGUUAGAGACAGCCUGGAAGCACAACAUCAUGGACUUCUCCAUGCCCUACUUCAUCCAGGUCAUGAGAGAGUACCUCUCCAAGGUGGGUGGCUGUCUGGACUUGGCUAGGUGGAGUGUUGAGUGGGCCAAGGGCUGUGUUCAUUAG